AUGGAUCACAAUGACACAGUUCUAGGUAAUACAAUGGGUUAGUCCAUCAAGUCAUAGGGCUGACAGCCAUCAAUAGAAAUAUAUACAGUAGGCUUCUAGUGAUUGACAUUAGCAGCAGUACAAAAGUAUAGCAAGCAAAAGUUGCCUAAUAAGUGAAGUGCUCUGUGCAUUCUUAGAUCAUCUCGUGAACAAAAAUCAACAAUGUACUAACAAAAACAUCAACGUCAUCAUCAUCCUCAUCAUCCCUAGCCUACCUCCUCUUCCCUGUAUUCAAAAGGGCAAUGGCCAUGGGGUAAAGGAGUGCUUGUGCCUGUUAGUCUUAACAGUUGGGAAUCUAAACUGGGAGCCAGACCUGGAACUCAUGGUGUAGGGGGGUGGGCACAGUCAGACAGGAUGGAUUCUGCCUUCCUCACCACUUGUGUUGUACAGAUCAGACAGACUACUCUGCUGGACACCUGUGAUCUUACUGCCCACUUUCACUAUUUCUAGCUAGUGCAUAAAAUAAAAUUUUAAAACACUCUAUGUACAACUUAUAAAAGUGUCAUCAAGGACCUCUCUACCUGGAACUUUGCCAGUUACCUGAGACAGAAAAAGGUGUUGCUAGCCCUUCUUACACGUGUCAGUGUUACGCUCAAAGUUAUCAAUAAUUUGUGCCAAAAUACUUGUCGUUGUCUACAGUGUCUACUUUCUGGCCCUUGAUGAUAGUGUUCUGAGGGGCAGGGUGUUGACGCCUGAAAUCAAUACACAUACAGUUGAAGUCGGAAGUUUACAUACACUUAGGUUGGAGUCAUUAAAACUCGUUUUUCAACCACUCCACAAAUUUCUUGUUAACAAACUAUAGUUUUGGCAAAUCUACUUUGUGCAUGACACAAGUAAUUUUUCCAACAAUUGUUUACAGACAGAUUAUUUCACUUAUAAUUCACUGUAUCACAAUUCCAGUGGUUCAGAAGUUUACAUACAGUCGUGGUCAAAGUUGAGAAUUAUACAAAUACUAAUUUUCACAAAGUCUGCUGCCUCAGUUUUGAUGAUGGCAAUUUGCAUAUACUCCAUGUCAUGAAGAGUGAUAAGAUGAAUUGCAAUUAAUUGCAAAGUCCCUCUUUGCCAUGAAAAUGAACUUAAUCCCCAAAAAACAUUUCCACUGCAUUUCAGCCAUGCCACAAAAGGACCAGCUGCCAUCAUGUCAGUGAUUCUCUCGUUAACACAGGUGAGAGUGUUGACGAGGACAAGGCUGGAGAUCACUCUGUCAUGCUGAUUGAGUUAGAAUAACAGACUAGAAGCUUUAAAAAAAGGGUGGUGCUUGAAAUCAUUGUUCUUCCUCUGUUAACCAUGGUUACCUGCAAGGAUACACGUGCCGUCAUCAUUGCUUUGCACAAAAAGGGCUUCACAGGCAAGGAUAUUGCUGCUAGUAAGAUUGCACCUAAAUCAACCAUUUAUCGGAUCAUCAAGAACUUCAAGGAGAGAGGUUCAAUUGUUGUGAAGAAGGCGUCAGGGCGUCCAAGAAAGUCCAGCAAGUGCCAGGACCGUCUCCUAAAGUUGAUUCAGCUGCGGGAUCGGGGCACCACCAGUGCAGAGCUUGCUCAGGAAUGGCAGCAGGCAGGUGUGAGUGCAUCUGCACGCACAGUGAGGCGAAGACUUUUGGAGGAUGGCCUGGUGUCAAGAAGGGCAGCAAAGAAGCCACUUCUAUCCAGGAAAAACAUCAGGGACAGACUGAUAUUCUGCAAAAGGUACAGGGAUUGGACUGCUGAGGACUGGAGUAAAGUCAUUUUCUCUGAUGAAUCCCCUUUCCGAUUGUUUGGGGCAUCCGGAAAACACCUUUUCCAGAGAAGACAAGGUGAGCGCUACCAUCAGUCCUGUGUCAUGCCAACAGUAAAGCAUCCUGAGACCAUUCAUGUGUGGGGUUGCUUCUCAGCCAAGGGAGUGGGCUCACUCACAAUUUUGCCUAAGAACACAGCCAUGAAUAAAGAAUGGUACCAACACAUCCUCUGAGAGCAACUUCUCCCAACCAUCCAAGUACGGUUUGGUGACGACCAAUGCCUUUUCCAGCAUGAUGGAGCACCUUGCCAUAAGGCAAAAGUGAUAACUAAGUGGCUCGGGGAAAAAAACAUCGACAUUUUGGGUCCAUGGCCAGGAAACUCCCCAGACCUUAAUCCCAUUGAGAACUUGUGGUCGAUCCUCAAGUGGCGGGUGGACAAACAAAAACCCACAAAUUCUGACAAACUCCAAGCAUUGAUUAUGCAAGAAUGGGCUGCCAUCAGUCAGGAUGUGGCCCAGAAGUUAAUUGAGAGCAUGCCAGGGUGGAUUGCAGAGGUCUUGAAAAAGAAGGGUUGUCAAGGCGUCAGUGUAAUGCGGUAGGACGAAGUCAGGCGCAGGACACAGGUCUAAUAGAAAAACUUACUUUACUCGUAGGUAUCUUAAUGAACAUACCUCCACGCAGGGAGGAACAAACCCACUCACAUACGACAACCAAAACAUGAACAAACACGCAUAACACACAGUGUGAGCCAGAGGGUUAAAUAGGGAAGACAUAAUUACAUGAUGGGAAACAGGUGAGACUAAUACAGACAAAACAAGUAGAACAUACAGUGAGGGAAAAAAGUUUUUGAUCCCCUGCUGAUUUUGUACGUUUGCCCACUGACAAGGAAAUGAUCAGUCUAUAAUUUUAAUGGUAGGUUUAUUUGAACAGUGAGAGACAGAAUAACAACAAAAAAAUCCAGAAAAACGCAUGUCAAAAAUGAUAUAAAUUGAUUUGCAUUUUAAUGAGGGAAAUAAGUAUUUGACCCCCUCUCAAUCAGAAAGAUUUCUGGCUCCCAGGUGUCUUUUAUACAGGUAACGAGCUGAGAUUAGGAGCACACUCUUAAAGGGAGUGCUCCUAAUCUCAGCUUGUUACUUGUAUAAAAGACACCUGUCCACAGAAGCAAUCAAUCAAUCAGAUUCCAAACUCUCCACCAUGGCCAAGACCAAAGAGCUCUCCAAGGAUGUCAGGGACAAGAUUGUAGACCUACACAAGGCUGGAAUGGGCUACAAGACCAUUGCCAAGCAGCUUGGUGAGAAGGUGACAACAGUUGGUGCGAUUAUUCACAAAUGGAAGAAACACAAAAUAACUGUCAAUCUCCCUCGGCCUGGGGCUCCAUGCAAGAUCUCACCUCGUGAAGUUGCAAUGAUCAUGAGAAUGGUGAGGAAUCAUCCCAGAACUACACGGGAGGAUCUUGUCAAUGAUCUCAAGGCAGCUGGGACCAUAGUCACCAAGAAAACAAUUGGUAACACACUACGCCGUGUAGGACUGAAAUCCUGCAGUGCCCGCAAGGUCCCCCUGCUCAAGAAAGUACAUAUACAGGCCUGUCUGAAGUUUGCCAAUGAACAUCUGAAUGAUUCAGAGGAGAACUGGGUGAAAGUGUUGUGGUCAGAUGAGACCAAAAUGGAGCUCUUUGGCAUCAACUCAACUCGCCGUGUUUGGAGGAGGAGGAAUGCUGCCUAUGACCCCAAGAACACCAUCCCCACCGUCAAACAUGGAGGUGGAAACAUUAUGCUUUGGGGGUGUUUUUCUGCUAAGGGUACAGGACAACUUCACCGCAUCAAAGGGACGAUGGACGGGGCCAUGUACUGUCAAAUCUUGGGUGAGAACCUCCUUCCCUCAGCCAGGGCAUUGAAAAUGGGUCGGGGAUGGGUAUUCCAGCAUGACAAUGACCCAAAACACACGGCCAAGGCAACAAAGAAGUGGCUCAAGAAGAAGCACAUUAAGGUCCUGGAGUGGCCUAGCCAGUCUCCAGACCUUAAUCCCAUAGAAAAUCUGUGGAGGGAGCUGAAGGUUCGAGUUGCCAAACGUCACCCUCGAAACCUUAAUGACUUGGAGAAGAUCUGCAAAGAGGAGUGGGACAAAAUCCCUCCUGAGAUGUGUGCAAACCUGGUGGCCAACUACAAGAAACGUUUGACCUCUGUGAUUGCCAACAAGGGUUUUGCCACCAAGUACUAAGUCAUGUUUUGCAGAGGGGUCAAAUACUUAUUUCCCUCAUUAAAAUGCAAAUCAAUUUAUAACAUUUUUGACAUGCGUUUUUCUGGAUUUUGUUGUUGUUAUUCUGUCUCUCACUGUUCAAAUAAACCUACCAUUUAAAUUAUAGACUGAUCAUGUCUUUGUCAGUGGGCAAACGUAUAAAAUCAGCAGGGGAUCAAAAACUUUUUUCCCUCACUGUAGAAACAUGGAUCGGAAGCAGCUAGUACUCCGGUGCCGACAAACGCAGAAGCCUCCCUGAGCAAGGAGGAGGGGCACCCUCGGCUGAAUUCGUGACAAGGGUCAACACUGCAAAUAUUGACUCUCUGCAUAAACGUAAUGUAAUUGUCAAUAAAAGCCUUUGACACUUAUGGAAUGCUUGUAAUUAUACUUCAGUAUAGCAUAGUAACAUCUGACAAAAAUAUCUCAUAACACUGAAGCAGCGAACUUUGUGAAGACCAAUACUGGUGUCAUUCUCAAAACUUUUGACCACGACUGUACACUAAGUUGACUGUGCCUUUAAACAGCUUGGCUUUAGAAGCUUCUGAUAGGCUAAUUGACAUAAUUUGAGUCAAUUGGAGGUGUACCUGUGGAUGUAUUUCAAGGCCUACCUUCAAACUCAGUGCCUCUUUGCUUGACAUCAUGGGAAAAUCGAAAGAAAUCAGCCAAGACCUCUGAAAAAAAUGUAUAGACCUCCACAAGUCUGGUUCAUCCUUGGCAGCAAUUUCCAAACGCCUGAAGGUACCACGUUCAUCUGUACAAACAAUAGUACGCAAGUAUAAACACCAUGGGACCACGCAGCUGUCAUACCGCUCAGGAAGGAGACGCGUUCUGUCUCCUAGAGAUGAACGUACUUUGGUGCGAGAAGUGCAAAUCAAUCCCAGAACAACAGCAAAGGACCUUGUGAAGAUGCUGGAGGAAACAGGUACAAAAGUAUCUACAGUGGGGAAAAAAGUAUUUAGUCAGCCACCAAUUGUGCAAGUUCUCCCACUUAAAAAGAUGAGAGAGGCCUGUAAUUUUCAUCAUAGGUACACGUCAACUAUGACAGACAAAAUGAGAAUUUUUUUCUCCAGAAAAUCACAUUGUAGGAUUUUUUAUGAAUUUAUUUGCAAAUUAUGGUGGAAAAUAAGUAUUUGGUCAAUAACAAAAGUUUCUCAAUACUUUGUUAUAUACCCUUUGUUGGCAAUGACACAGGUCAAACGUUUUCUGUAAGUCUUCACAAGGUUUUCACACACUGUUGCUGGUAUUUUGGCCCAUUCCUCCAUGCAGAUCUCCUCUAGAGCAGUGAUGUUUUGGGGCUGUCGCUGGGCAACACGGACUUUCAACUCCCUCCAAAGAUUUUCUAUGGGGUUGAGAUCUGGAGACUGGCUAGGCCACUCCAGGACCUUGAAAUGCUUCUUACGAAGCCACUCCUUCGUUGCCCGGGCGGUGUGUUUGGGAUCAUUGUCAUGCUGAAAGACCCAGCCACGUUUCAUCUUCAAUGCCCUUGCUGAUGGAAGGAGGUUUUCACUCAAAAUCUCACGAUACAUGGCCCCAUUCAUUCUUUCCUUUACACGGAUCAGUCGUCCUGGUCCCUUUGCAGAAAAACUGCCCCAAAGCAUGAUAUUUCCACCCCCAUGCUUCACAGUAGGUAUGGUGUUCUUUGGAUGCAACUCAGCAUUCUUUGUCCUCCAAACACGACGAGUUGAGUUUUUACCAAAAAGUUAUAUUUUGGUUUCAUCUGACCAUAUGACAUUCUCCCAAUCCUCUUCUGGAUCAUCCAAAUGCACUCUAGCAAACUUCAGACGGGCCUGGACAUGUACUGGCUUAAGCAGGGGGACACGUCUUGCACUGCAGGAUUUGAGUCCCUGGCGGCGUAGUGUGUUACUGAUGGUAGGCUUUGUUACUUUGCUCCCAGCUCUCUGCAGGUCAUUCACUAGGUCCCCCCGUGUGGUUCUGGGAUUUUUGCUCAUCGUUCUUGUGAUCAUUUUGACCCCACGGGGUGAGAUCUUGCGUGGAGCCCCAGAUCGAGGGAGAUUAUCAGUGGUCUUGUAUGUCUUCCAUUUCCUAAUAAUUGCUCCCACAGUUGAUUUCUUCAAACCAAGCUGCUUACCUAUUGCAGAUUCAGUCUUCCCAGCCUGGUGCAGGUCUACAAUUUUGUUUCUGGUGUCCUUUGACAGCUCUUUGGUCUUGGCCAUAGUGGAGUUUGGAGUGUGACUGUUUGAGGUUGUGGACAGGUGUCUUUUAUACUGAUAACAAGUUCAAACAGGUGCCAUUAAUACAGGUAACAAGUGGAGGACAGAGGAGCCUCUUAAAGAAGAAGUUACAGGUCUGUGAGAGCCAGAAAUCUUGCUUGUUUGUAGGUGACCAAAUACUUAUUUUCCACCAUAAUUUGCAAAUAAAUUCAUAAAAAAUCCUACAAUGUGAUUUUCUGGAAUUUCUUUUCUUAUUUUGUCUGUCAUAGUUGACGUGUACCUAUGAUGAAAAUUACAGGCCUCUCUCAUCUUUUUACGUGGGAGAACUUGCACAAUUGGUGGCUGACUAAAUACUUUUUUCCCCCACUGUAUCAGGACAUUUACCCAGGAGUCAUUCCUGUCAGUUGUGUGCUGUUGAUAGCACAUGGUGCUUGCAAUGCCAGGGUUGUGGGUUCGACUCCCACGGGGGAGCAGUACAAAAAAGAAUGAAAAUGUAUGCACUCACUACUGUAAGUUACUCUGGAUGAGAGCAUCUGCUACAUGACUAAAAUGUACUCUUGCAUGCGUGAAUUUUUCACUACAUUCGUGUUAGUAGUGGGAUGGCGAGUGAGGCCAUAGCAGAGGCAUGUACACUUGAUGUGAGGGACUUGGUUUAGAGAAGUGUAGGGACAAGAUAGCACCUGAAGGAAGGGGGUAGUGUAGCGACCUUAACGCAACACCUAGCAACCUUGUCAAUGGGUUUGGAUCUCUUGGCAUAAUGGCUAAGGUAUUGGGUUGACAGUCGGACCUGAGUUUGAAUCCCGGUCGAUGGGUUACCUCCGAAUACAUCGCUACAUUUAUUUAUAUAUUUUUAUUUCACCUUUAUUUAACCAGGUAAACCAGUUGAGAACAAGUUCUCAUUUACAACUGCGACCUGGCCAAGAUAAAGCAAAGCAGUGCGAUAAAAAACAACAACACAGAGUUACAUAUGGGGUAAACAAAACAUAAAGUCUAAAAUACAACAGAAAAUAUAUAUACAGUGUGUGCAAAUGUAGCAAGUUAUGGAGGUAAGGCAAUAAAUAGGCCAUAGUGCAAAAUAAUUACAAUUGAGUAUUAACACUGGAAUGAUAGAUAUGCAAGAGAUGAUGUGCAAAUAGAGAUACUGGGGUGCAAAUGAGCAAAAAUAAAUAACAAUAUGGGGAUGAGGUAGUUGGGUGGGCUAAUUUCAGAUGGGCUGUGUACAGGUGCAGUGAUCAGUAAGGUGCUCUGACAACUGAUGCUUAAAGUUAGUGAGGGAGAUAAGAGUCUCCAGCUUCAGAGAUUUUUGCAGUUCGUUCCAGUCAUUGGCAGCAGAGAACUGGAAGGAAUGGCGGCCAAAGGAGGUGUUGGCUUUGGGGAUGACCAGUGAGAUAUACCUGCUGGAGCGCAUACUAUGGGUGGGUGUUGCUAUGGUGACCAAUGAGCUAAGAUAAGGCGGGGAUUUGCCUAGCAGUGAUUUAUAGAUGACCUGGAGCCAGUGGGUUUGGUGAAUAAUAUGUAGUGAGGACUAGCCAACAAGAGCAUACAGGUCACAGUGGUGGGUAGUAUAUGGGGCUUUGGUGACAAAACGGAUGGCACUGUGAUAGACUACAUCCAAUUUGCUGAGUAGAGUGUUGGAGGCUAUUUUGUAAAUGACAUCGCCGAAGUCAAGGAUCAGUAGGAUAGUCAGUUUAACGAGGGCAUGUUUGGCAGCAUGAGUGAAGGAGGCUUUGUUGCGAAAUAGGAAGCCAAUUCUAGAUUUAACUUUGGAUUGGAGAUGCUUAAUGUGAGUCUGGAAGGAUAGUUUACAGUCUAACCAGACACCUAGGUAUUUGUAGUUGUCCACAUACUCUAGGUCAGACCCGCCGAGAGUAGUGAUUCUAGUCGGGUUGGCGGGUGCCAGUAGCGUUCGAUUGAAGAGCAUGCAUUUAGUUUUACUAGUGUUUAAGAGCAGUUGGAGGCUAUGGAAGGAGUGUUGUAUGGCAUUGAAGCUCGUUUGGAGGUUUGUUAACACAGUGUCCAAUGAAGGGACAGAUGUAUACAAAAUGGUGUCGUCUGCGUAGAGGUGGAUCUGAGAGUCACCAGCAGCAAGAGCGACAUCAUUGAUAUACACAGAGAAAAGAGUCGGCCCGAGAAUUGAACCCUGUGGCACCCCCAUAGAGACUGCCAUAGGUCCAGACAACAGGCCCUCGGAUUUGACACAUACAGUAUAUGAUGAUAGUAGAUUAAUAGACUGCAUUAGCCAAGGUUGUUAUUCUCAAAUCGGUCUUCACAUUUGGAUUGGGGUUGGAAAUUAGGCUGCCCUGGGAUUAGAUGUGGAAAUAAAGUUUGGCCUUGGUUUGGGUUCUGAUAGCCUAGGGGUUGGAGAUGAUCGGAGCUAGUGUAUGUUUAGUUAUGGUUUGAACUGAUAAGACUAUGGUUAGGGUUUAAUAUAUUUAUCUAGUCCUCCACUUGACCGUUUAUUAUUUACCGUUAAUUAUUUAUGCGUUUUCUCUGAAUCCCUGGCCAAGUGCCUGUGCCAUGUGCUCUGUCCUCCGCUCGCGCUACAGCAGGUGGCGGCGGCAGUGCGAGUCAACUCAAGCCCCUCCCACGAGCCCGUACUCUCUCCCCUCACUUCCUCUCCAAACCGCGCCUGGGACUGGGGCUGGCAUUCUACAGCCCCGAAAGAAAACACCAUGUAAAAGUAUAAAAAGGACACACAACGCAAACUAUAGAUUUGUCUAAUUAUUCGUUCCGUGACUUCCGUCAGUCAACGCAUCGUAACAACGCUUGCUGUGUGGAAGAGAGCGAAUGGCCAGUGAAGGCACAGAGUAAUCCCGUGAAAGGUAGGAGACCUCACAUUGUUUCAAUGCUACCACUAUCAGCCCUGUGUGAUGAUAGAAUAUUUCAUAGAAGUAUUUAGCAAACGGUCUGUAGUGUAGCCUAGCUGCUGUGUGAUUGGGGUGCUUGGUGCUGUCUUGCUUUAAAAAAAUAAAACCAAACCCAUGUUGUUCAAAAGUUACAUGUUGUUCAAAAGUUACUUAAUGUGUGUAUGCAAUGAUGCAACGUCUCUGCCAUCUGUAUGUGGAGACAGUGUGACAGUAAAGCAGUGUUUAAAAUAGAAAUGUGACCAAAAUCCAUCCCUACAUCUUUCAUGCUACUCUACUAUUUCACUGUAUUUCACUCUACUUGGUUGCAGAGGUGUGUGAUUAGCCCAGUCAGCUUCUUUAAUCCUUUCAUGUCUUGUACAUGAUGACAUGACAUUUGAUGAAGGCCUACUGUUCACCCAAUUUAUCAACCAAUCCAAUCAAACCAUUAAUAGGUAUUUGAUUUGAUUGAUCCCACUAUUGUAUAGUCAAGUGUGAUCAAACGCAGAUCUGUAAGUGGGGUGCAGAGCCGCAAAAAGUCGGUAUAAAAGAAAUAGAGGCCGCACACUCAUAAGCUCCACCACGUACCUUUAUUCACAAAAAAACGUAUGAGUGUGCAGCUCAAUUUAUUUUAUUAAGGGUAUUGUAUAAAACCCAUACCAAUAGCCUGGAGAGAGCAUACACUGAUGGUCAUACCUGAUGGAGUUUCACUUAGUUGACAGGUUACAGUUUGACCUUAUAAAGAUCUUUGGUUGAAACAUGGUUGCAAUAAUAAAGGUGGUACUGUGCUAUGAGUGAUAGUUUGUAGGAUUUUCCAUUUAAUAUAUUUUAUUAUUAUUUUUUACCUCAAAGUUGUACAGUGUUAUUGCAGUGUGAUAGGCUAACUGGCUAGCUAAUUAACUGUUGUGGUUAAAGCUUUAUAUCCUGGGAUUUGGGAUACUGUUCAAUGGUCAUUUAAAUUCUUGAUUGAAACCUAUUGAUUCUUGAAGAAUUUAUAAAUGCCUCAUGAGCUUAGCAUGUCUGUCAUGAACACAACCAAAAAUAUUAGGUUUUAUUACUUGAUUGUUUACAAACAACAAAAUAUGUUUAAAACGAUCUCUUAGAUGUCGUGGACUGUCAGUCCUUGCAUAUAGAGCGCUGUCUAUUAAUUUUAAGAGGGGUUACAGUUCCUUAACCCCAUCCCUCAGCUAAAUACCAAAACAAUUGCCCUGUUUUAUUUUGUAUUUUUAUCACAGACUCAAGCUUUAAUUGCGAGGUUUACCAGAUUCAAUCUAAGGACUGAAAGGCUGAGUCAUUAUUCCAAAGAAAAGAGGGCUCCUCUAGUCUUUGUGCUGCUCUGAACACAAACUGUGCACCUCAGCUAAACCAGCAUGGCUACAAGGGCAGAACAGUGACACAGAGUGAUAGGCCCACCUGUGCUUACUUCAGACUAUCACUCGACUCUCUCUGUACCUUAGUUGGGUGGGUCACAUCUGUGGCCAUACUUAAAGGGUGGUCUGUCGAAGAAUUUCUGAUAGAAGGAAUGUAUUGAUUGUAUGAAGCAGAUAUACAUAUAUAGGUAAUAUGUUCCUCCCAUUGAAAGAAUACAGUUGGAUGUUCAUGCAUGGGACUGGUGCUGACAGGGCUGUGUCAGGGGUGUCAAAAAGGGAGUUUUGGAGAGGAGUGCCACAGACUCGUUUUUAGUAGUGUCAUUUCCUUUCCUCUGGGUGUGUGUUCUUGUGCGUUAUGUGCUCGACGUGUUUGUGUGUGAGGGGGGCAUUUUCCUCUAGCACUCUAAUUGGUGCCAUCUGUCUGCUAUUUUAACAUGGCUUCAGAAUGUAGAAAUCCAUUGAAAAUCUCCUUCAUUUCUCUGGACAAAGGCAGACAAGGUCACUCCCUCUAAAUAAACAAUCCCAGGGGAUUGUCCUGGAUGGACAGAUUAAUUGUCAAUUUCAGAUAAACCCCCCACAGUUUUACCUGGGGUAAACAGUAAAGUCUCUCUCUCUCUCUCUCAGAUACCAUGCAGAUGAGCGAUGGACCCGGUCGCGUCUUUGUGGCGCCGCCCAACGGUAACCUCCGGUCGCCAGGAUACGUCCCAGGCAGGGUUGUACCUGUCCGUUCCCCGCCUCCGGCAAAGGCCCCACCCCCUCCCCCUCCCCCUCCGAAGCCCAUUGGCCCGCCUCCUGAGUGCCUGGCGACCUUUAACCUAUCAGAGGAGGGCCAUCACCGGGAAUGUGCUCAGAGUCGGAGGAAGAACACCUUCAUCUGCUUCGGUGUCUCCCUGGGGGCCUUUUUCCUCUCGCUCAUCCUCAUCCUCAGCCUCACCAGUGGAGACGUGUUGGACGGUGAGUGUGUGUUUUUGUGAGUAUAAGGAUGUUAUGAGCUGUUAAUACGGACUUGGCUAAGUUACUUAGGCCCAUUGCUCAACAGUACUCAUAGGUCAUUGGCUAUAGUUUUCUAUCAUACCCUGUUUUGCUCUAUCUCAGAGCUUCUCUAUCUAUGUGCUGUGUCAGUGAUGUGACGUUGUCUUUGAUUGGUCCUGUUUGUGUGCACAGAGAACUGUCCAGACCACAGCCCCUCCCUGAGCAGCUGGAACCCAGGUCACAACCCAGAGAAGGCCAUGGUCGUCCGGGGGGGAGAUCUGUUUCGAUUGGUCUCUUCUGCGACCUUCUACUCGCUAACCAUCCAAUCAGGAGGUAGGUUAGGUCCUCUCUCUGAUCUGAACACAUUUCAACCCCAGAAGUAAAUAGUCAGAGCAUGCAAUAUUUGGCACUAGGUUCCGAGAUUAAGUUGAGGAUAAUAUGGCAUUCUCUAGAAAGUAUCAUUAAGAAUACGGCCUCUGAUGAAGUGAUUGUUUUAUGUUUUAGCCUAUAUCUGUCUCCCCACAGGCCGAUUGGUCUUUGCAGACAAUACAGAGGGCUCCAAAAAUAUCACUCUCAGAACGCGUAAUGUACUGAUUGAAGACGGGGGUUCGCUGCACAUCGGUGCUCCCAAAUGCCGCUACCGCUCCCGGGCCACCAUCACCCUCCUGGGCCGUUCAGACGAGAAGGCCGUAGCGGAAGUACCAGAACUGGGCCGGAAGUUCAUCGGGGUGCGUGGAGGCGCAACCCUGGAGCUUCACGGGGCAGAGAGGCUGUCGUGGACCCUCCUGACCCGCAGCGUCCCCUCCUCAGGCCUAGCCACGGGGGGCUACGCCUUUCAGCGCAACUUUAGCCGUGGCAUCAACCUGCGUGUGGUGGACCAGGACACAGCUGCCGUUCUGUUCACCGAGCGCUACGACACACAUGAGUCACGCAACGACAGCCGGCGGCUCAUGCAGCUGCUCCAGUCGCUGCCUGCAGGGCGCAUCGUCAUGCUGGCCGUGGGAGACUCUGCCGUCAAGAACCUGCUGGACGAGACCAAGAGAACCAUCCAGAGCCUGCUGGGUAGUACCUACGUCCAUGACCUCAAAUACAGGUAAAAAUACAGUUAAAUAUAAUAUGAAUAUUACCAAAUCAAUUUGGUAAAGAAUAGACAGACGAUGACUAGAGAAGGAGUCGUAGGUGGUGCAAGAGAAUAAUCUAAUUUGGGAGCUUUACAGUGUGUAGCGCAUCAUUAAAGGAACUUCUAAUAGUUUUCCAUCUGUAGCUGCGUUACUGGAGCGCUGUGUGACGGUUUAUACUACCCAUCUCAUGGGGGGAUUCCAUAUUCCAUAUUCCGGCAGAAAGUGCACGGCUGGAGGGAUAAGCAGGCGUGCUUCCAGGAUUUGUUCAAAAUGAGCUGACUCUGUAGUUUUCACCUUUGCACAGAGUUCCCGAACAGGUCAAAAACACACUGUCCCCUGAACACAGAGGGACACACAUCAUGUCCAUUUGAAUGCAGAUCUUUAGCAAUGCCAGUGACUUGUAUACAGUACAAUUGAUAGUACACCAUAUGGUAUUUUUUGGUGCUCUGCUGUAAAACCAUUCAAAUACUUUAGUUUGAGCAUCUCAUCGUUUUAGACACAGAGCUCAGGAAGCCUUAUGCGCGCGCACACACACACACACUUAACCCAAUGGAACAUUUUGGUUUUUAGUUAUUUGCUGGGCAUGUCUGGCCUGGGCAGCUUUCUGGUCUCAAACCCAAACCACACCAGUCCACAGUGUCACGUUUCACAUAUGGAGUUGUCGCCAAGGCAACGCUGCGGUCCCCAGCACCAAAUCCAAUCAAACCCAUAGCGUGACACUUUUAUAAAUGGAUCACAAUUCAGUUAAGCUACCUAGACAUGAUAAACAGGGGCUGUUAUGCUUUCUGAUUACACACUGAUUUUGUCUGUGCGUAGUAUGUGUGUCUGUGUGUUUGUGCGUAGUAUGUGUGUCUGUGUUUGUCUGUGAGUAGUAUGUGUGUCUGUGUUUGUCUGUGCAUAGUAUGUUUGUCUUUGUGUCUGUGCGUAGUGUGUAUGUGUGAGCUAGCUAGCAGGGUCCAGCUUAUUUGAGAAUCCAUUGUAAUGUGAGCCUUGUUGUGUUAGUUGCAGUCAUGCUGUCUUAAUGUGACUAAGGGAGACAUGAUUGAAAGUAUUGGGCAGGAGGUAAUCUGGGUUGUGUUCAUUACGGCACCCAGGUAGUCCCUAUCAGUUUUUUCAGUUUUGUGUCUUUUGCUGCUUAAUGAACACAACCCUGGAUGUAAUCUGGCUGGGCAGGAGAGGACAGAGCAGGAGAGCACCAGGAAAUGCGCAAAGGAAAUGUUUUUUUACCCACAGGAAAUGUGUUCGAUGUAGGCACUCCCAUGCACACACACACACACUCACGUAUACUGUGCCUAUGGGCAUUCCUAUCUCCACCAUGCCCCUCAGGGUCCUGCAGGUGAACCCGGAAACAAACGGCAACAAUCAUCAAUCAUUUCAAGCCCCCCCCCCCCCCCCCCCCCACACACUCGGUGACCAUGAUCAAACACACCCAUUCCAUAAAGUGAGGGUAAUGACCAAUGUUCCCUCUAAGCUGUGCGCGUGCGCGCAGCUCCCCUGGGACUGCCGCGCAGAAGAAAUAUCAGCCCGUGCAGAGAAGCAUGAGAUUGAAUUUCACUCAACUUUCUAGUUUUCCCCUUUAGUUAACAUUAUCAACGUUUCCCUCUACUGUGGCAAUUGCCAAUAUAAGCCACUUUCAGUGCAACAUACCGAAACAAAACAAACUAUGCAAGACUUAGUAUGCAAAACUAACUAUGAAUUUUUUAUUUAUUUAUUUUAUUUCACCUUUAUUUAACCAGGUAAGCUAGUUGAGAACAAGUUCUCAUUUACAACUGCGACCUGGCCAAGAUGAAGCAAAGCAGUGCGAUAAAAAACAACAACACAGAGUUACAUAUGGGGUAAAACAAAACAUAAAGUCAAAAAUACAACAGAAAAUAUAUAUACAGUGUGUUCAAAUGUAGCAAGUUAUGGAGGUAAGGCAAUAAAUAGGCCAUAGUGCAAAAUAAUUACAAUUAGUAUUAACACUGGAAUGAUAGAUGUGCAAGAGAUGAUGUGCAAAUAGAGAUACCGGGGUGCAAAUGAGCAAAAUAAAUAACAAUAUGGGAAUGAGGUAGUUGGGUGGGCUAAUUUCAGAUGGGCUGUGUACAGGUGCAGUGAUCGGUAAGGUGCUCUGACAACUGAUGCUUAAAGUUAGUGAGGGAGAUAAGUGUCUCCAGCUUCAGAGAUUUUUGCAAUUCGUUCCAGUCAUUGGCAGCAGAGAACUGGAAGGAAUGGCGGCCAAAGGAGGUGUUGGCUUUGGGGAUGACCAGUGAGAUAUACCUGCUGGAGCGCAUACUACGGGUGGGUGUUGCUAUAGUGACCAAUGAGCUAAGAAUCAAUCAAUCAAUCAAUUUUAUUUUAUAUAGCCCUUCUUACAUCAGCUAAUAUCUCGAAGUGCUGUACAGAAACCCAGCCUAAAACCCCAAACAGCUAGUAAUGCAGGUGUAGAAGCACGGUGGCUAGGAAAAACUCCCUAGAAAGGCAAAACCUAGGAAGAAACCUAGAGAGGAACCAGGCUAUGAGGGGUGGCCAGUCCUCUUCUGGCUGUGCCGGGUGGAGAUUAUAACAGAACCAUGCCAAGAUGUUCAAAAAUGUUCAUAAGUGACAAGCAUGGUCAAAUAAUAAUCAGGAAUAAAUCUCAGUUGGCUUUUCAUAGCCGAUCAUUAGAGUUUAAAACAGCAGGUCUGGGACAGGUAGGGGUUCCAUAACCGCAGGCAGAACAGUUUAAACUGGAAUAGCAGCAAGGCCAGGCGGACUGGGGACAGCAAGGAGUCACCACGGCCGGUAGUCCCGACGUAUGGUCCUAGGGCUCAGGUCUCUCAGUUGGCUUUUCAUAGCCGAUCAUUUAGAGUUGAAAACAGCAGGUCUGGGACAGGUAGGGGUUUCGUAGCCGCAGGCAGAACAGUUGAAACUGGAAUAGCAGCAAGGCCAGGCGGACUGGGGACAGCAAGGUGUCAUCAUGCCCGGUAGUCCUGACGUAUGGUCCUAGGGCUCAGGUUCUCAGAGAGAAAGAGAGAAUGAGAGAAUUAGAGAGAGCAUACUUAAAUUCACACAGGACACUGGAUAAGACAGGAGAAGUACUCCAGGUAUAACCAACUAACCCCAGCCCCCCGACACAAAACUACUGCAGCAUAAAUACUGGAGGCUGAGACAGGAGCGGUCCGGAGACACUGUGGCCCCAUCCGAAGAAACCCCCGGACAGGGCCAAACAGGAAGGAUAUAACCCCACCCACUCCGCCAAAGCACAGCCCCCGCACCACUAGAGGGAUAUCCCCAACCACCAACUUACAAUCCUGAGACAAGGCCGAGUAUAGCCCACAGAGGUCUCCACCACAGCACAAACCAAGGGGGGGGGGGCGCCAACCCAGACAGGAAGAUCACGUCAGUAACUCAACCCACUCAAGUGACGCACCCCCCCCAGGGACGGCAUGAAAGAGCACCAGCAAGCCAGUGACUCAGCCCCUGCAACAGGGUUAGAGGCAGAGAACCCCAGUGGAGAGGGGAACCGGCCCGGCAGAGACAGCAAGGGCUGUUCGUUGCUCCAGCCUUUCCGUUCACCUUCACACUCCUGGGCCAGACUACACUCAAUCAUAUGACCUACUGAAGAGAUAAGUCUUCAGUAAAGACUUAAAGGUUGAGACCGAGUCUGCGUCUCUCACAUGGGUAGGCAGACUGUUCCAUAAAAAUGGAGAUCUAUAGGAGAAAGCCCUGCCUCCCGCUGUUUGCUUAGAAAUUCUAGGGACAAUUAGAUAAGGCGGGAUUUGCCUAGCAGUGAUUUAUAGAUGGCCUGGAGCCAGUGGGUUUGGUGACUAAUAUGUAGUGAGGACCAGCCAACAAGAGCGUACAGGUCACAGUGGUGGGUAGUAUAUGGGGCUUUGGUGACAAAACGGAUGGCACUGUGAUAGACUACAUCCAAUUUGCUGAGUAGAGUGUUGGAGGCUAUUUUGUAAAUGACAUCGCCGAAGUCAAGGAUCGGUAGGAUAGUCAGUUUUUUACGAGGGCAUGUUUGGCAGCAUGAGUGAAGGAGGCUUUGUUGCGAAAUAGGAAGCCGAUUCUAGAUUUAACUUUGGAUUGGAGAUGCUUAAUGUGAGUCUGGAAGGAGAGUUUACAGUCUAACCAGACACCUAGGUAUUUGUUAUUGUCCACAUACUCUAGGUCAGACCCGUCGAGAGUAGUGAUUCUAGUCGGGUGGGCGGGUGCCAGCAGCGUUCGAUUGAAGAGCAUGCAUUUAGUUUUACUAGUGUUUAAGAGCAGUUGGAGGCUACUGAAGGAGUGUUGUAUGGCGUUGAAGCUCGUUUGGAGGUUUGUUAACACAGUGUCCAAUGAAUGGCCAGAUGUAUACAAAAUGGUGUCGUCUGCAUAGAGGUGGAUCUGAGAGUCACCAGCAGCAAGAGCAAUAUCAUUGAUAUACACGGAGAAAAGAGUCGGCCCAAGAAUGGAACCCUGUGGCACCCCCAUAGAGACUGCCAUAGGUCCAGACAACAGGCCCUCCGAUUUGACACAUUGAACUCUAUCUGAGAAGUAGUUGGUGAACCAGGCGAGGCAGUGACUUGAGAAACCAAGGCUAUUUAGUCUGCCAAUAAGAAUGGGGUGGUUGACAGAGUCGAAAGCCUUGGCCAGGUCGAUGAAGACGGCUGCACAGUACUGUCUAUUAUCGAUCGCGGUUAUAAUAUCAUUUAGGACCUUGAGCGUGGCUGAGGUGCACCCAUGACCAGCUCGGAAACCGUAUUGCAUAGCGGAGAAGGUACGGUGGGAUUCGAAAUGGUCGGUGAUCUGUUUGUUAACUUGGCCUUCAAAAACUUUCGAAGGCAGGGCAGGAUGGAUAUAGGUCUGUAACAGUUUGGAUCUAGAGUGUCACGCCCUUUGAAGAGGGGGAUGACCGCGGCAGCUUUCCAAUCUCUGGGGAUCUCAGACGAUACGAAAGAGGUUGAACAGGCUAGUAAUAGGGGUUGCGACAAUUUCGGCGGCUAGUUUUAGAAAGAAAGGGUCCAGAUUGUCUAGCCCAGAUGAUUUGUAGGGAUCCAGAUUUUGCAGCUCUUUCAGAACAUCAGCUGUCUGAAUUUGUGUGAAAGAGAAGCAGGGAGGGCAUGGGCAAGUUGCAGCGGAGGGUGCAGAGCUGGUGGCCGGGGUAGUGGUAGCCAGGUGGAAAGCAUGGCCAGCCGUAGCAAAAUACUUGUUGAAAUUCUCGAUUAUUGUAGAUUUAUCGGUGGUGAUAGUGUUUCCUAGCCUCAGUGCAGUGGGCAGCUGGGAGGAGGUGCUCUUAUUCUCCAUGGACUUUACUGUGUCCCAAAACUUUAUGGAGUUAGUGCUACAGGAUGCAAAUUUGUGUUUGAAAAAGCUAGCCUUUGCUUUCCUAACUGCUUGUGUAUAUUGGUUCCUAACUUCCCUGAAAAGUUGCAUAUCGCGGGGGCUAUUCGAUGCUAAUGAGAUUUUGUUGUAGGCAGAACGCACCGGAGUAGGAUUCUAUUGCAUUGACAGGCACACUCAGCCCGUACUCUACAGACCGGUGCGGCAUAACCAAUCAGAGCUGCAGUAUCCCUAUAUGCAAAUAGACCAUUGCCAUAUAUGGAUCUGUGCCAUUCACUUUGAACUGGACUGUGUUUACAGCAUGACUGGUCUUGAGUAGAUGCGCUUGUUUUGAGAUGAAAGCGAGAGCUGCAUGUAGCCAUGUGUGCACAUUUGUUCAUAUUCUUUGCUAGUGAGUGAGUUAUUAGCCCAUUUAUAGCUCAUUUCUAGUCAGCAAUGGGUAGUGUUUGCUUCCUACAAGAACACAAAACGUGUGCAUUUCUAGCCAUCUUUGAAAAGCGAGUUGGGUAAAUAUAAUUGUUUAUGUCUUAAAGGGGCAGUGUUAUAUUUUGAGACAGGCUUGAAUAAGCUAAGUAGCUAAUAGGCAGAGGGUAGCAUAAUGUCUGAUUCUCUGUAAUAAUGGUAUGGGAAUAUUAAUGAACAUUAUUUUGUAAAAUAGUUUAUUGCAUCAAACACAUUUUCAGUCACCUCCUUGUCUGAAGGACAAGUGGAUAAAUAGGUUAAUGUCAAGCCGUGCAUAUUUUUUCCAAAAGUCUCACGGAAUGUAGGCCUACAUUGAACACCACACAUUGGCUGCUACUGUAGGCUAAAUGAUAUAACAGUUAUAUCCAUGUUAAAAUGUUACAGGAUGCAUUUUCCCCAUUGUUUUUGAUGGUAAGCCACUUUGAUAGGCCUACAUUAUGAUCAAAUAGCCACAGUAGCCUACUUGGCCACUUUUAUAACUGUAACUUAAAGCGGAUACAGCCUCAGUGUUCACAAUAAACGCACGCCAGAAGUUGCACAGAAUUUUCACAACGUUCAAGUUUGCGCUCAGCAGACCUGAAAUUUACUCAGUGCCGAAAAAAUUAGAGGGAACAUUGGUAAUGACCAUUGCCCCACAUCAAAUGGUUUGUCUGUCCCUGCCCCGUGCCUGCUACCUGCUGGUAAUGUGUAAUCUAUGUGAUCUGAGAGGACAGAGCUCUGAUGGACUGUAGUAGCGUGACCUCAUCUAGUGUCCAAACGGCCAUUACUGGCCAAAACAAAGAGCCGGUUAAAAGACUGAGUGACGUGUCAGGCAAUUAAGGAUGUUCUGGGAAAAAAGGUGAAAACAAACACGCGGUCUCUCUCACGGACUCUCUCUCUUUCUCUCUCUCGCACACACACACACACACACACACACACAAAUUGAGUGAAAUAGCUGCAGGGAGGACAUGGUGCUUUCACAGAUGGUUCCUGUUUGUAUUUCAGCGGGUAAAUGGUAGAGAGGCUCUUUGAUUUGCUGAAUGGCGUAUUGGCCCGUGAUUGUGUCGUUAGGACCAGCCUCAACAGAGAGCUGACAGUCAGGCCUACUUCCAGACGUCAUUGCGUGGAGUGCCCUUCAGAUGUGAAGCUAAAAGCAGUACAGGGGAAAGGUUUUAAAAAGGUAAUGCAAGGGGAAAGGUUUUAAAAAGGUUACCACGCCUGAAAAGGGUAAGUGAUGGUUGAAGAUAAUGACUUGAAAGGUCGUGUGAUUGUGAAGAGAGAAUUCCUCUAAAGGUCGCCUGAUGACGGUGCAUAAAGCUUACUUGAUGUUUAAAAGUCUAAGCCAUUGGGGAGGUUCUACUAUGCUAACAUAUGGAAUGUUUUAAGAUGGUCAUACCAUGGAUCAUUUAGCUAUUUGAUUUGGAAUUAUAGGACCCCUUUAUGUAUAAAAAUAAAUCAAAACAUUAUUUCAUAAAAUAUUGAAUUUGGCCUUUAAUACUAUAGCCGAUUAAAACCCAUUGAAUAACACAUUCAUAAAUGGCAUAAAAAGACAGUCAAAAAAUAAAUCAUAUGGAAUAAGGUUUUGAAGUGUCUGUCCUAUAUCUAGGAGAUAUAAGAAAGUGCAAUAAAUAUAUAUUUACACAAGUAUAGAGGUGGUUUUGUGGCAACAAAAUAAGGGGUUACAUUUGAAAUACAUUUUAAACCCUUAUUUUUGUUGGCACAAAACUACCUCCAUACUUCCAUUUAUUUGUAUGGGUUACCUUCAGACGAAUCCCGUGACACUUGUGGGAGGUUGUAAAGCAAAACAGAGAACACCAUUGUGUUCGUGAGAGUGUCAUCUUUCCGUAGAGUGGUCAUAUUCGGACGCUACAGACGUUUUCGUGAGAAGUCAGGUUUUCGGGAUGUCUCAUUGUCUGACAAACACCGCUGUAGCUCGGCCAUCUUCCACCGCAGAUGCGGAAGCCCGACAUGAUGCAGCCCAUGAAAAGAAACUGAUAUCUCUAGCUUAAUAGACUCUUAAGGAGUAACAUUGUUUUGACAUUGUGUUGAUGCUGACAAACCAACAUUUCACUCUACACCCUUCACUGGUCCAGAGUUGCAUGACCCCUGCUCCACACCCAAGCCUUGAACCAGGGGAUUGAUAGACUUAUCUCCACUUCAGAGGCGGAUUGUGUUUUGCCUUGUGGGUAUGGUGGUGUGGUGGACUGAGAUAUCCACCGCUAUCUCGUUCGAACACUUCCCACAUUUUCUGAUGCCAAUGAAUGUGGUAUGAUUGAGGUGAAUGUGAUGACCACACACACACACACACAGGCUAUUCAUGUCAGUUCAGUCACACCCUUUGCUUGACUAGCCCUUACACAGCUGCUAAAUCUUACAAAAGAAUGUUGUCCUGUUGAUACUCCCAAUGCUUUCUCUACAGUGGUCACUACAGGACUACAAUAGUGUGCAGUUAAAAAUGUUAUGCAUACACUCUUAGAAAAGAGGGUUCCAAAAGGGUUCUUCGGCUCUCCCCAUAGUCCCAGUCAGUAUUAAUUGAACGUCGCGGCCCUGCCCGCCUGUGGGGAAAAUAACCUGUGGUUACCUAGGUUACCCCAUUGACUCACAGCAAAAACUUGACCUUUUUCAAACACAAUUUUCUUGUCAUCUGCUUGUUUUAGUCAAUUUCAAAACUACAUUUAAAGAAAAAUACAUGUCUAAAGAUGACUUUUCAACAUUGCCUGCUCCUGAGUGUUCUCACUACUUAGAAAAACGUUAUAUUGUAGGGCUUCCCUCAUCCCCCUUUUUCUGAUGGUGCUAGCAGCCAUGUGAGUGCUAGCUAGCUAGCCAAGACCAACAACACAAAAAAAAGACUAUACAGCUACAAGUAAUGAGUGGAGUUACAAACAGACUAUACUAAACAAGUUAAAUGUCUUACCUGUGUCUUAAAUGUUUUCCAAUCCACACACAUAGCUACGUGUAGCCUACUUGGACACCGGGUCCCCACAUUUCCCACUCCCAUGCCCAAUAGCCUGAAGCCACAGGGCUAUUCUCACAGGCUCUAUUUCCCUACGUGGGAGCGUUGCGAUCCAUAGGUUGGGAUUUAUUACCUGGUUACAUAUAUAUUGAACAACACAGCAGCUUUUCGGCAUGUUUUGUUAUUUCUUCAUAACAAAAAGUUGACUACGAAGUUGCCUCUUUUACAAUAGGAAAUAAUGUUUGUUUUCCUCAAUUUGUGGGCAUGGUCAAGGGGAAUUCCUUAUUAUUACGUGAAUACCGACUGGGACUAUAGGAGAACCCUUUUUGGUUCCUGGUAGAACCCUUUGUGGAAAGGGUUCUACCUGAAACCAAAAACGGUUCUUCAAAGGGUUCUCCUAUGGGGACAGCUGAAGCACCCUUUUAGGUUCUAGAUAGCACCUUUUUUUUUUUUUAAGAGUGUAGAGACAAAUAACAUAACAACAAGCCUUGUUAUAAGACAAUAAAAAGGCUCAUACCUGCUUAUAACAAGUUAUAAAGCAUAUCUGCUUGGAUGCUUUAAGUGUUACCUCGAUUUCUUAACAACUUCUAAAGCUCAAACUCUGUCUGUCCAUAGGCAGGCCUGGGCACUGGUAUCUGUUAUUGGUGGAGGGAACGGCUCGUGUUCCGAGGACGUGCGGGAACACGAGAACCAUGACACGGGAGGAAAGGCGCUGGCCCGGCAGAACUUCACCACUGUUGACGGGGUCGGCUUCUCUGUCACAGCCUACAGCGAAUGGAGGAAUGGUGGGUCAUUAUAACCAGUUUGGCUUUACUUAAAACCUGCAGCUAGAAUGGUUUAUAACUUGUUAUAUUUGUUAUCUUUUAAAAUGUCCAUAACCGCAUUGGAGUGCAUUGUACCUUUAGUAAAGUGUUACCACAUUGGUAACCCAAUAUCACAAAUAUUGUCUAAGGAGAUCAGCAUGAUUGUAGGUGCUCGUUUACUUGUGUAUGUCAUUGAUUGUUUGUUCAUUGAACUGGUCAUAUUAGGCCCUUCACAUAGUCAGGAAUGCCAUGUAAAAGCAAAGCAUACACUCAGAUUCUCUGAUCUUGCAGCUUUUCCUGGAUGGUGUGUGUGUGUGGGGUUCAAGUGGUUAGUGUUUACAGGCAAGAUCAAUCAGCUGGACUGAGCAUUCCUGAGUGUGUACGGGCAGGGUCCUCCUGUCACUAGGGCAAACAGCAGCUCCCCAGGAGGGAGUUUGGGUUUCGGUGUGGCACCGUCAUGUCCUGUAAGAUGGGAUGUUUGUUCUCAUACAGCCAUACCCUCACACUUCACUGGUCCACAGUGUCAGUUCAAGAUACACUAUGGAAGUUUGCUAUUGUUUUGGUUAAACUUUUAGCUUGAAUGUUUGGUGUAUGGUAUGGUUCAGAUUUCUUAUCUCAUGAAACCACUCAAAUCCUUACUUUUAGGCAAAUUGCCUGUAAAAUGUCACUUUUUGUGACUCUAGAUCUUGUUUCCGCCAUUAGUUCUUUGGUAUGCAGUAGAAAACUGCUAAUGCAACAGAUCUUAUCUAUGCUCCUCCAGGAUUUCCAAUAUCUGGGUUCCAGGUGGAUGCUGUGGACCAGGUAGUCCUCAACUUGCUGGAAGAUGUACACACCUGGCAACCCGGGAACCAUGUUGUGGUUGCCAGUACUGACUACUCCAUGCAUCAGGCAGAGGAGUUCACCCUCCUCCCCUGCCCCCACUGCACUAGCAGACAGGUUAGAGUUCAAGGUGAGUGAAAACGAAAGUAGUUUAUGUGUUUGUACAUUUAUGGGGGCUUACUUUAAUUCUGAUAUUGAGUAUCACUGCUGUGUUUUUAACUGGAUAUGGUAUGAUAUAAAAAUAAGUAUAAUUAUUUAUUUAUAAAUCUUGAGCCAUGGUCUUUCAUUUCACAUCUUCUAUAAAUUACAAUUGGGAAGAGACUGGGAAUCAGGCUUUUCUCCUACAUGGGAUGGUGGUGAUCAAUGAUAUCUCUCGCUCUGUCUGGCUCUCUCUCUCUUUUCUCGCUUUCUCUCUCUCUUUUCUCGCUCUCUGUCUCUUUCUCUCUCUCUCUCUCAAAUGCAAAUGGCUUUAUUGGUAUGGUAAGUGUUUCCACAUACAGUACAUUGCCAAAGCAAACAUAUAGACAACAUAUCAAAUCAAUGAUAACGCAGAUAGAUAAUCAUAGGAAAAAUAAUAAUAAUAAUAAUAAUAAUAAUAAUAUGCCAUUUAGCAGACGCUUUUAUCCAAAGCGACUUAGUCAUGCGUGCAUAAAUUUUUGUGUAUGGGUGGUCCCGGGGAUCGAACCCACUACCUUGGCGUUACAAGCGCCGUGCUCUACCAGCUGAGCUACAGAGGACCACAAUAAUAAUACAAUAAUAAUACUCAAUGAGUAGUAACAAUGAACAGGACACUACAGUAAGACAUUAAUGAGGACAAUAAUGAAAUAGUGAGAAAGACACAGGUAGCGUUGUUAUUGUUCUGAUUGGUCGUUCCACUGGCUGUCCCUAUGGGUGUGGCAGGAAGCUACAUAUUUUGUAGCUAAUAUGGCACAAAGGGGUUAACCUCCCAAUAGAUAUUAGAUUUUCUCCUUUUAUAAUAUAAUAUAAUAUGCCAUUUAGCAGACGCUUUUAUCCAAAGCGACUUACAGUCAUGCGUGCAUAAUUUUUUUUUUUUUUGUGUGUGUAUGGGUGGUCCCGGGGAUCGAACCCACUACCUUGGCGUUACAAGCGCCGUGCUCUACCAGCUGAGCUACAGAGGACCACUUUUCUGUUUUGGUUUCAAAAUGUUUGUAUUUGUUUUCAAUUUUGGGCAAGAAAAUUGCCUGUAAGUCUGUAUAGUUCUCGCAGACUCUCUCUCUCACUCUGUCUCUCUCUCUUAAUUUCAGCUCCACUCCCCACGGUUUUACCUGGGGUAAACAGGGGGCCUGCUGGCUCAUUCCCUUUUUCUCUGAGUUUAAGAAAUUAACAGUAAACAUUACACUCACAAAAGUUUGUAAAAAAUAUAGACAUUUCAGAUGUAUUUAUUUCUCUCUCUCUCCGUCCCUCCCUCUAUCUCACUGUUUUCUGCGGUUUUGUAAACUGUCCAUGGUGUCAAAAGCCCAGCGAGCAAAACUGGUUGCAAUGACAUCAUGGUCAGAUUGUAUGCUGGUUGUAAAUAAUUUUUGUUAAUUUUAGCAAAAGCAACCAGAAAAAAGUUGUUAUGAAAAGGACAUCUUAACCUGGUUGUAACAGAGACCAGUUGGUUGUAAUCUGGUCUGGCGUUCCACCCUGUGUAGUCCCCUGUCUGUCAACACCUCUGUUUUGGCCCACUGCUCCAAUGUCGACAAGCCACCUCCCCUUCCUGGAGCAAAGGCUGUGUCUCUCUCUCUCUCUCUCUCUCCAUGUUUGCGAGGUGAAGCACAAUUCCUGUGGUUGGCACUGGCACCAGUUGGCUUGCCAUAUUGAGAGAAAGAGAGGUGCUGACGUUGUUCUGUUUGGGAUUAAGGUCACAUGGCCCCAUCAAAUUAAAUAUCUAGAUCUACUGUAUAGUGACAACCAUAUACACUGCUCAAAAAAAUAAAGGGAACACUUAAACAACACAAUGUAACUCCAAGUCAAUCACACUUCUGUGAAAUCAAACUGUCCACUUAGGAAGCAACACUGAUUGACAAUACAUUUCACAUGCUGUUGUGCAAAUGGAAUAGACAACAGGUGGAAAUUAUAGGCAAUUAGCAAGACACCCCCAAUAAAGGAGUGGUUCUGUAGGUGGUGACCACAGACCACUUCUCAGUUCCUAUGCUUCCUGGCUGAUGUUUUGGUCACUUUUGAAUGCUGGCGGUGCUUUCACUCUAGUGGUAGCAUGAGACGGAGUCUACAACUCACACAAGUGGCUCAGGUAGUGCAGCUCAUCCAGGAUGGCACAUCAAUGUGAGCUGUGGCAAGAAGGUUUGCUGUGUCUGUCAGCGUAGUGUCCAGAGCAUGGAGGCGCUACCAGGAGACAGGCCAGUACAUCAGGAGAAGUGGAGGAGGCCGUAGGAGGGCAACAACCCAGCAGCAGGACUGCUACCUCCGCCUUUGUGCAAGGAGGAGCACUGCCAGAGCCCUGCAAAAUGACCUCCAGCAGGCCACAAAUGUGCAUGUGUCUGCUCAAAUGGUCAGAAACAGACUCCAUGAGGGUGGUAUGAGGGACCGACGUCCACAGGUGGGGGUUGUGCUUACAGCCCAACACCGUGCAGGACGUUUGGCAUUUGCCAGAGAACACCAAGAUUGGCAAAUUCGCCACAGGCGCCCUGUGCUCUUCACAGAUGAAAGCAGGUUCACACUGAGCACAUGUGACAGAGUCUGGAGACGCCGUGGAGAACGUUCUGCUGCCUGCAACAUCCUCCAGCAUGACCAUGUUGUGGGCUGGCAUUUCUUUGGGUGGCCGCACAGCCCUCCAUGUGCUCGCCAGAGGUAGCCUGACUGCCAUUAGGUACCGAGAUGAGAUCCUCAGACCCCUUGUGAGACCAUAUGCUGGUGCGGUUGGCCCUGGGUUCCUCCUAAUGCAAGACCAUGCUAGACCUCAUGUGGCUCGAGUGUGUCAGCAGUUCCUGCAAGAGGAAGGCAUUGAUGCUAUGGACCGCCCGUUCCCCAGACCUGAAUCCAAUUGAGCACAUCUGGGACAUCAUGUCUCGCUCCAUCCACCAACGCCACAUUGCACCACAGACUGUCCAGGAGUUGGCGGAUGCUUUAGUCCAGGUCUGGGAGGAGAUCCCUCAGGAGACCAUCCGCCACCUCAUCAGGAGCAUGCCCAGGCGUUGUAGGGAGGUCAUACAGGCACGUGGAGGCCACACACACUACUGAGCCUCAUUUUGACUUGUUUUAAGGUUGGAUCAGCCUGUAGUGUGGUUUUCCACUUUAAUUUUGAGUGUGACUCCAAAUCCAGACCUCCAUGGGUUGAUACAUUUGAUUUCCAUUGAUAAUUCUUGUGAGAUUUUGUUGUCAGCACAUUCACAUCAAGUAUUUAAUAAGAUUAUUUCAUUCAUUCAGAUCUAGGAUGUGUUAUUUUAGUGUUCCCUUUAUUUUUUUGAGCAGUGUAUUUGGCUGACUGUUGUUAAUAUGAACACUUUUAAAUAUAAUAUUAAUAUGUAUGUCUAAAUGUUAACAUUCUUUUAUUGAUAUAUGACAAUGGUAUAAGCUAUAAAGUAUGUGUUUUUAUGUGUCCCCCCUCCCAGGGAGGCCCCAGUUUGGUCAUAUGGGGGAGAUUGUGGACGGGGUGGACAUGCGAGCGGAGGUGGCACUGCUCAGCAGGAACAUACUAAUCUAUGGGGAGAUGGAAAACACCUGCUAUGGAAACAACUGGUGCCAGUUCUUUGGCCACGACACAUACGGCGGACACAUCAAGGUGUGUGCUUAUGUAACAGUGUGUAACUGUGAGUAUAGGGUCUGUGUUGAACCUUGAGCCUGCCCUGUGCAUUUCAGCCUGAGUUAAAUGCUUAUUUAAUGCCAUUCAGUCUAGUGUAAUCAUGUUGAACAUUACCAUAUUGCUGUGGCGGAGGGUCAUUAGAGCAUUCAGCAGAUGCUGAAUGACUGAGGACAUUCAGCAUUCACACAUGAUAUAACAACAUGUAAUGUUCAUUAGGCACCUAAUUGAAGAAAACAGACAGAAACAGGGAGGAACUACCAAUAAGAAAUGUUGGUUUUAAAAAUGUUGGUUGCAUAUGUUUUCCAUUGCAUGCCCUAAUGAACACAACCCAGGGACCACUCAGAGAGAGAGGGGGCAUGGAUGAACAACACUCACUACUCUUAAUGUUUUGUGUUUCAGUAUAGUAAUUAUUUGUUCUUUUUUACUCUGUAUAUUUCAAACCCCCACUGAGCACACAAACCUCAGUCACUCUCAAACACUUACUCAGACCAACGUCAAUACACACACCCCUCCCUCACACACACACAUUCUCUGUGUCCGUGAUGCACAAGUACAAUAUUUGCUCUGUAUAAUGUGUUACAUACUCAUGCUCCCUUCUGAUAAAUACAUAAUAACAUUCCUCUUGCCUUAUGUAAGCAGCCCCUUUGCAGUAAAUGGAAAAACCCUUGUUACUUGACUGUAGAGAGUUCUGUCCAAGUGUAGUGUGUGAGUUUGGUUGAGUGAAUGAGUGAGUUUCAGUUAGCUUGAGGGAUUGGCCAAUAUCUCCUUAACACAAAACAGAAUGUGGAAAAGGCCAUAUACCUAAGACAGACCUCCCUGAGUUUACUGCAUGUGUUAGUGUCUAUUUGCUCAUUAGGCCAUAUUUGUGUGUGUCUCUGUCUCUCUCUCUCUCUCUCUCUCUCUCUGUCUCUGUCUCUCUCUCGCUCUGUAUAGCAUUGUUUGUGCUCAGAUCAUCUCAGUUUUUGCACGAUCUUCCAUUUAUCAACAGAUGUAACUGUAAACUAGAACCAUCAAUAGAUCAACAGAACCAGAGUAAUAUGAUACACACAGCACAGCUUACUCUUCUCUCUCUCUACCUCAAUUCUCCUCAGAUAUUUGGGAACUUCACCUCGGUGCACCUGUCCCACGUGGAGCUGAGGAACAUGGGGCAGCAGGAGCAGGGCCGCUACCCGCUCCACUUCCACCGCUGUGGGGACGUUGACUGGCGAGGAGGCUACCGGGAACCAGCCUACGUGGACGGCCUCUCCAUCCACCACUCCUUCUCCCGCUGCAUCACCAUCCACGCCACCAACGGCCUGCUGGUGUGUGUAUGUGUGUGUGUGUGUGUGCUGUAUGUGUGUCAGGGCUGGGGUCAAUUGAAGGCAGUCAAUUCAGGAAGUGAUUUUAAUUUAAAAUUCAAAAAUGGAAAAACCUUUUGAAAUAAAUUGCUUCUACUUCUCAGUUUAUUGAUAAGUCAUUGAAAAUAGAUGUAAUUUAAGUUUACUUCAUGAAUUGACUGUCUUAAAUUCUAAUUGACUCCAGCCUUGGUGUAUGUGCCGUAUGUGUGAUGAUAAAACUUGGGGAAAUGAGGACCAUAUGACGCCAGUCAUUAAAUAAAUUCAUGUCAAAUGCAUUGAAGUGACUCGACCAACAUUCAGAUAACAUGAUGCAGCAACUCCAAGCUGCUUUCCUGCUCUGCUCGUGUCUCUGGUGUUGAACGUUUCCCAAAUGUUUCUCCUCCCCAGGUGAAGGACACUGUGGGCUAUGACACCCUGGGUCACUGUUUCUUCCUGGAGGACGGGAUAGAGCAGAGGAACACAUUCUUCCACAACCUGGGUUUGUUGACCCGACCGGGAACGCUCCUGCCCACCGACCGCAACGAGACCAUGUGCACCAGCAUCCGAGACAAAGUGUUCAAGAACUACACGCCUUCACCGAGCAUGGAGUGCAAGUAAGACCUUGAGAGAAGACAAAGGGUUCAUGUCCUCUGUGUGAGAGUGAUAGGGCCAUCUUAUCCCUGCAAAAACAACCACCCCGCUGCAUGGGAUGUGUUUCUGUUUCUGGGGGAGGUUGAAAAGGAGGUCUGUUUGGGGAGCAUCAGGUGCAGUUUUUGGAGGACUGUGUGUGUGUGAGAGAGAGAGAGAGAACGUGUGCGUGUGUGUGUUGGCAGAACUGUCCCUGUACAGGAUUUAUGUGGGAGAGGUGGAUUAUUCCAUGGAUAACAGGAGUCACUGUUCUUAUUAAAUUAAUAGAUCUUGAUAUUAACAAUCAGUUAGCCUGGAGACAUCUCCUCUAAUGCCCUUUCAUCCUCCCUGUGUGUGUGUGUGUGUGUCUGUGUCUGCUCGGUGUGUGUGUGUUUGUUUUAGGGCAGUGUCUACGUUCUGGAUCGCCAACCCCAAUAAUAACCUCAUAAGCAACGCUGCUGCUGGCUCCCAGGUAUGACUGCCAACCAACAAAACAACACUGUUUAAUAAUGAAUGAAUAACGAUCAGCAGGGGACUGAGACUGUACAUCUGGUGAGGCUGCCCCCACCAUCCCAUCCCAGACAUCAUUCAUUAUCUUUUUGAUCUCAUGGAUGGUCAGUCCUUAUAUCCAUAGCUCUAUCUAUGAAAUCUCCAGCCCAUUGCUCAGCUGCUUUGGGCAUUUUGUUGUUGUUUGAAUUAUGAACUGCAGCUUUAUGGUUUAGCCACUCAUAAGGAUCUAAGGCUGUGGCUUACCGGUUCAUCUCAUGUGAUGAUGUGAUAAAUCUGGGGAGAUAUUGGGUUCUUACUUUUACAUCAACCGCAAUAAAUGAUGGCUUCAACCAGGAGAUAAAGUUAAACAUCAAGACCUUACUAUUUUAGUUCAAGCACCAUUGUAUCAAUGUGCCUGUGCAGUACUCAAUGACAGUACUCUCUCUGUGCAGUUCUCUCUCUCUCUCUCAGACCUGCUGUCUCGACCUCUGAAUCCUCGGCUAUGAAAAGCAAACAUUUACUCCUGAGGUGCUGACCUGUUGCACCCUCUAUAACCACUGAUUAUUAUUUGACCCUGCUGGUCAUCCUAUGAACAUUUUGAAGAAUGAUCUGGCCUUAAUGGCCAUGUACUCUUUAAAAUCUCCACCUGGCACAGCCAGAAGAGGACUAGCCACCCCUCAGAGGCUGGUUCCUCUCUAGGUUUCUUCCUAGGUUCCUGCCUUUCUAGGGAGUUUUUCCUAGCCACUGUGCUUCUAUAUCUGCAUUGCUUGCUCUUUGGGGUUUUAGGCUCGGUUUCUGUAUAAGCACUUUGUGACAUCUGCUGAUGUAAAAAGGGCUUAUAAAUACAUUUGAUUGAUUAUUACUCGAGGAUCAUUAUUCUUUCACUCCAUUGUCAAAGCCACUUUCUAUUAUUCUUAUUCUCAUUUUCCUCCCCCAUGUCAUCCUAAAGGAUGCUGGGAUAUGGUAUGUGUUCCACAGCUCAUCCACGGGGGACUCUCAUGGGCUGGUUCCAGAGACCCGGGCAGAGCUGACCCCGCUGGGGAUCUUCUACAACAACCGUGUGCACUCCAACUUUAAGGUACCACUCACUGGCAGCACUGUGUAAAAGACAAACACACUGGUUCUGUGUGGCUCAGCUGGUAAAAGCAUGGCGCUAACAACACCAAGAUCUUGGAAUGAAAUUCCCACAGGGAUCACAUACACAAAGUAGUAAGAGCUCUUCCAAUUGUAGAGGAAAUAAUGCGUGUGGUAGAAAAACAGGUGCAAAAAUAAGUGAAAACCAAGUUGCAUUGGUUAAAUCAAGUAGGUAAGUAGAAUCAGGUGGGUAAAUAAUUAGCUAUCAAAUGAACCAAUCAAAGGAGAGAGCGUUAGGAAAGAGUUUGGGCUGGACUGAUAAAUAGAGAUAAGAAACCUGGUCAGUUUGGUGUUACCCAUCCAGGUGAAUGCAAAGCACACCAUGCAGAGAGGAAAGGAGAUCUCAGAGGACAUCAGGACGAGGGUAGUGAGAGCACAUCAGUCUGGGGAAGGCUAUAAAAUCAUCUCAAAAAUAUUUGAGCUCCAUCAGUCCACUGUGAGGCAAAUAAUUUACAAAUGGAGAGCAUUUAACAUGACAGCAUCUCAGCCUAGAUGUGGACGCCAUUCCAAAAUAUCCCCAAGAGCCACAAGAACAAUAAUAAAUCAGGUAAAAGCCAACCCAAACAUAACAUCUAGAGAUUUGCAGACCUCCUUUGCUGCAUCUCAGGUAACUGUGCAUGCUUCAACAAUAAGAACACUGAAUCGAAAUGCCAUUCAUGGGAGGGUUGCUAGGAAGAAGCCUCUGCUGUCACAAAAUAACCAAACUUUGCCAGAGACCACCUGGACAAACCUGAAGGUUUCUGGAAGUCCAUUCUCUGGACCGAUGAGUCCAAAAUAUAUUGUUCUUGUGGCUUCGGGACAGGUCUCUGAAUGUCCUUGAGAGGCCCAGCCAGAGCCCGGACUUGAACCCGAUCGAACAUCUCUGGAGAGACCUGAAAAUAGCUGUGCAGCAACGCUCCCCAUCCAACCUGACAGAGCUUGAGAGGAUCUGUAGAGAAGAAGGGGAGAAACUCCCCAAAUACAGGUGUGCCAAGCUUGCAGCGUCAUACCCAAGAAGACUCAAGGCUGUAAUCGCUGCCAAAGGUGCUUCAACAAAGUACUGAGUAAAGGGUCUGAAUACUUAUGUAAAUGUUAUAUUUCUGUUUUUUAUUUUUAAUAUAUUUGCAAACAUUUCUUGUGUGUAGUUUGAUGAGGAAAAAAACUAUUUAAUAAAUUGUAGAAUAAGGCUGUAACGUAACAAAACGUGGAAAUAGUCAAGGGGUCUGAAUACUUUCUGAAUUCACUGUUUAUACCUGUGGUAUAUACACAGUCUCAUUGCAUUGCAUUCACACUUGAACUGCACAUUACACACUACACUCUUAAAUCUCAUACAUUUGACAAUAUAUCUGUUUUACAGAGAUGCUACUGUGUACUAUUACGACACUCGCAUGAAAAACAUGUAAAACUGUCCUACUCCUUUAUGGGGGGGGGGGGCUGCCGUUUCACUGAAAAACGAAUGAAGGUUUGUGCCUUUAAGUCCCUAUUUGUGACAGUAGUUCCCAUACCUGUUUGUGUUACCCAGGCUGGGCUCUUCAUUGAUAAAGGUGUGAAGACCACCAAUGCCAGUGCUGCAGACCCCCGGGAGUACCUGUGUCUGGACAACAACGCCAGGUAAGAAUACAGGUCAAACUACAUUGCAUUUAGAAUGCACAGGAAAUGUUACGAAAGGGGCGAACUAGUCAGUUUUUCUGUGCUGGUCACACAGAAUUAAAUUUCGACAUGCAGUGAUCAAUCGUUUGGAUCAAUCAUUGUCUAUAUACAGUGCUGCUUGAAUGUAUGUAAACCCUACAGGGCUGGUCAUUAUUUUGCUAUAAAAUAUUAAAAUAAAUCCUUAUCUAAAGACAUUCCAAGUAAAUGACAGAAACCAAAAAAUAUGAUAUUUGUAUUGUUUAUUUAACAAAAGUGGUUUAUUUAACAGAAACUCAGAUUUGAUGUGUGCAAAAAUAUGUGAACCCCUUCCGUCAAUAGCUUGUGGCACCUCCAUUAGCAGCGAUAACUUGGACUAAAUGUCUCCUAUAGCCAGUAACCAGUCUCUGACAUCUGUUUUGAGGGAUUUUUGCCCACUCCUCCUUACAGAACUCAGCCAAUUGAGUGAGGUUUGAGGGUGUCUGGCAUGAACUGCCCGCUUCAGGUCCUGCCACAGCAUCUCGAUUGGAUUUAGGUCAGGACUUUGACUUGGCCAAUCCAAAACACAAAUCUUCUUUCUCCUGAGCCAUUCUUUGGUAGAUUUACUUGAAUGCUUUGUGUUGUUGUCUUGUUGGAAGACCCAUUUUCGGCCCAGCUUUAGCUCCUUGACUGAUGGCCUGACGUUCUGUUCAAAAAUCUCCUGGUACACCUCAGAAUUCAUGGUUCCCUUAAUCAUGUGGAGUCGUCCAGGUCCAGAGGAGGAAAAGCAGCCCCAGAUCUUGACAUUCCCACCACCAUGCUUGACUGUUGGGAAAAGGUUAUUUUGGUGGUAGGCGUAUUGGGUUUUCGCUAAACAUAGCAGUGUUGAUUGUGACCAAAAAGGUCAAUUUUGGACUCAUCGGUCCAGAGAAUGGACUUCCAGAAACCUUCAGGUUUGUCCAGGUGGUCUCUGGCAAAGUUUGGUUAUUUUGUGACAGCAGAGGCUUCUUCCUAGCAACCCUCCCAUGAAUGGCAUUUCGAUUCAGUGUUCUUAUUGUUGAAGCAUGCACAGUUACCUGAGAUGCAGCAAAGGAGGUCUGCAAAUCUCUAGAUGUUAUGUUUGGGUUGGCUUUUACCUGAUUUAUUAUUGUUCUUGUGGCUCUUGGGGAUAUUUUGGAAUGGCGUCCACAUCUAGGCUGAGAUGCUGUCAUGUUAAAUGCUCUCCAUUUGUAAAUUAUUUGCCUCACAGUGGACUGAUGGAGCUCAAAUAUUUUUGAGAUGAUUUUAUAGCCUUCCCCAGACUGAUGUGCUCUCACUACCCUCGUCCUGAUGUCCUCUGAGAUCUCCUUUCCUCUCUGCAUGGUGUGCUUUGCAUUCACCUGGAUGGGUAACACCAAACUGACCAGGUUUCUUAUCUCUAUUUAUCAGUCCAGCCCAAACUCUUUCCUAACGCUCUCUCCUUUGAUUGGUUCAUUUGAUAGCUAAUUAUUUACCCACCUGAUUCUACUUACCUACUUGAUUUAACCAAUGCAACUUGGUUUUCACUUAUUUUUGCACCUGUUUUUCUACCACACGCAUUAUUUCCUCUACACCAACAUAUGGUAUUGGUAAAUAUAAACCUGUUAUGUCAGAUCAAAAGGCUGGUUCUGAUUUUAAAUGAAGAUUUCAUGGUUAGUAUCUAUCUGUACAGCACUUAGAUGGUCUGUAGUUUAUAUGGUAUGGUCUGUACUGGACUUGGAUAGUCUGUACUGGUCUGUACUCUCCUUGUACAGUAUUCUGGAGGGUCUGGCAGGUUUGUGUUUACAGACAAAACAAGGCUCCACAGAUAGUUUCCACUCUGCAGCAGUCUGUCCAAAUACAAGUCUCUGCUUCAACAGAUGGAAGGAAAAUAGCUUACGCCCUCUAAGACCACUGCCCAUGCUGUGUGUGUGUGUUUAGUGGUUGUGUGUGAAGGUGAGGACUGAGAUUGUGUGUGUGUAGUGUUUGUCUGUGGGUAUUUUCUAAGAGUGUUGUGUGUCAGAUCGAGAGUGUAUGUGUGUUUCUAUACUCAUAAUACACGUGGAUCAGGUUCCGUCCACAUGAGAAUGCAGACCCAAACCAGCCGCGGGUGGCUGCUCUCAUCGACACACUCAUCGCCUUUAAGAACAACGACCUCGGAGCCUGGAUACGUGGCGGUGACAUUACCAUUCAGAACUCUGGGUGAGUGCUGUGAUGUCAUCUCAUUGAGCCCAUGAUGAAUGUGGUUACUGUAUCAUUGUUCAUCAAUGUGCUGUGCAGUAGUCACAUCUCAUGGAUUCUCUCUUCCAUUUCCCUGUAUGAUUCACAAAGAGAAGAGUGUCUCAGGAGUUACUAUAGCAACUUACAUUAGAAUUAGUAGUUAGCAUGCUAUGCUAACAUAUAAACAAGUGGCCAUCUCGGAUGAGGCAAAGGGCCAGGAGUUCCUCUUUCUCAGUCCUCAAGGCUAUGGAUGACAUUGAACUGGUGACUCCUCCACUGCUGGGUUAGCCCUACUCAGUGGAGCUCUCAAACAGUGCACAUCGCAAUGCAGAAUGAAUGAUACGUUAAUUCUCUCUGGUUAUAGAUUUGCAGACAAUGGGGUGGGACUCUCCUUUGCGAGGUAUGUACCAAGGCUCCUGUGUCUGUUUCUACACUUGUGUGUCUGUCUGUACAUUCAUAACACCCCCACCACCUAUACACAUACACUUAUGCUCAAAAACACAUCCUGUCCCUUUCCUCUCCCUCCGUCAGUGACGGUAGUUAUCCCAAGGACGAGGGUUCCAGUCAGGAAGUGACUCAGUCUCUGUUUGUGGGAGAGAGCCGGAACCGUGGCUUCAAUGGAGGCCAGAACAAGUACUGGGGCCAGGGAGGAGCAGACGGCAAGAUGAGGACACUACCCAGGAACAGGUGUGUGUGUGUGAAAGAAAUACUGUAAUAAAAAAACUGUAGAUAGUGUUGGAGAGGUGCAUUGCUCUUGGAGGGGAAGUACUGCUUUGACUAACUUCCUGUAAUAGGAUGAAUGGUUUUGCAGUGUUUCAAUCACUUCUGUAUUUCCUGAAAACCGACUUCCUCCAUCCGCGUAGUAAGCCGCCUUUGAUAAACAAUGACUGAAAGAAAAAAAAAUAAUCAAAGCGUUGCUUACAGUCGUUUACAUUUUAGUCAUUUAGCAGACGCUCUUAUCCAGUGAGUGCAUAUAUUUUCAUACUGGCCCCCUGUGGGAAACGAACCCACAACCCUGGCGUUGCAAGCGCCAUGCUCUACCAACUGAACUACAGGGGACUACAGUCAUCAAUGAGAAAUUAGAGUCUGGGAAACAGUCAGUCAGUCACGGAGAACAGUUGCGGAGGAGCACUCGGAUCAGGGACAGGGAGCAGGCUGUAACCCACCCACCCACAGUCAGAGCCGGUCCUCUGGCUCGGGUUCAUUAAGGUAUGUAACGGAAAAUGUUUUUAAACGUUUUUUUCAGUAGAAAAAAAAGAGAGAGCAUUGAACGUUUAUUGGGAUGACUCUUGUCCUUGUGGAAGAACUGAGCGAUUUCCGCUAGAUGGGCCAGCUGCAAAGUCAAAAUUGGCUAUAUUGUAAAACAUUCAUGAAAACUAAAAUGUGCUUUUUGGUCUUAAUUUAAGGUUAGGGUGUGGCAUUAUUGUUAGCAGUGUAGUUAAUGUUAAGGUUAUGGUUAGGUUUAAAAUCAGAUUUGAUCAAAUUAAAUGUUGUUUGUCACAUGCGCCAAAUACAGCAGGUGUAGACCUUACCAUUAAAUGCUUACGAGCCGUUAACCAACAAUGCAGAGUUUAAAAAAAGUAAGAAACAUUUGCAAAUAGACUAAAGGAAAAAUUGUAACACAAUAAAAUAACAAUAACGAGGCUGUAUACAAGGGUACCGGUACCGAGUCAAUGUGCAGGGGUACGGGUUAGUCGAGGUAAUAUGUACAUUUAGGUAGGGGUAAAAUGACUAUGCAUAGAUAAUAAACAGAAUAGCAGCAGCGUAUGUGAAGAAAUGUGUGUGUGACAUCAAUAUGUGUGUGUGUGUUGUAGUGUCAGUGUAAUAUGUGUGUGGUAGAGUCCAGUGAGUGUACAUCAAGCCUGUGAAAGAGAGUCGGUGCAAAAAAUAUAUAAUAAAUACGAUUAAAAUAAGGCGGUCAAUGCAAAUAGUCCGGGUAGCCAUUUGAUUAACUAUUCAGCAGUCUUAUGACUUGGGGGUAGAAGCUGUUAAGGAGCCUUUUAUAGAGGUCCUGGAUGGCAGGAAGCUCGGCCCCAGUGAUGUACUGGGCUGUACUCACUACCCUCUGUAGCGCCUUGAGGUCGGAUGCAGAGCAGUUGCCAUACCAAGCAGUGAUGCAACCAGUCAGGAUGCUCUUGAUGGUGCAGCUGUCGAACGUUUUGAGGAUCUGAGGACCCAUGCCAAAUCUUUUCAGCCUCCUGAGGGGGAAUAGGCGUUGUGUGCCCUCUUCACAACUAUCUUGUUGUGGACCAUGAUCGAUCCUUAUUGAUGUGGAUACCAAGGAUCCUGAAGCUCUCGACCAGAUCCUCUACAGCCCUGUCGAUGUAAAUGGGGACGUACUCGGUCCUCCUUUUCCUGUAGUCCACGAUCAGCUCCUUUGUCUUGCUCACGUUGAGGGAGAGGUUGUUGUCCUGGCACAACACUGUCAGGUCUCUGGCCUCCUCCCUAUAGGCUGUCUUAUCGUCAUCGGUGAUCAGGCCUACCACCGUCGUGUCGUUGGCAAACUUAAUGAUGGUGUUGGAGUCGUGCGUGGCCACGCAGUCAUGGGUGAACAGAGAGUACUGGAGGGGACUAAGCACGCACCCCUGAGGGGCCACCGUGUUGAGGGUCAGCGUGGUGGAUGUGUUGUUGCCUACCCUCACCACCUGGGGACGGCCCGUCUGGAAGUCCAGGAUCCAGUUGCAGAGGAAGGUGUUCAGUCCCAGGGUACUUCGCUUAGUGAUAAGCUUGGAGGGCACUAUGGUGUUGAACGCUGAGCUGUAAUCAAUUAACAGCAUUCUCAGGUAGGUGUUCCUUUUGUAUUACAGACUGGGUCAGGGAGAGGUUGAAAAUGUCAGUGAAGACACUUGCCCGCUGGUCAGUGCAUGCUCUGAGUACGCAACAGCUGGUGCUCUCAUGCAUUGUUCAGUGUUGCUUGCCUCGACGCGAGCAUAGAAGGCUUAAUUGUCUGGGAGGCCCACGUCACUGGACAGCUUGCGGCUGGGUUUCCCUUUGUAAUCGGGAUAGUUGGCAAACUCUGCCACAUCCGACGAGCGUCAGAGCCGGUGUAGUAGGAUUCGAUCUUAGUCCUGUAUUGAUGCUUUGCCUGUUUGUUGGUUCGGCGGAGGGCGUAAUGGGAUUUCGUAUAAGCGUCCGGAUUAGUGUCCCGCUCCUUGAAAGGGUCAGCUCUAGCCUUUAGCUCAGUGCAGAUGUUGCCUGUAAUCCAUGGCUUCUGGUUGGGAUAUGUACGUACAGUUGAAGUCAGAAGUCAUUAAAACUUGUUUUUCAACCACUCCACAAAUUUCUUGUUAACAAACUAUAGUUUUGGCAAGUCGGUUAGGACAUCUACUUUGUGCAUGACACAAGUCAUUUUUCCAACAAUUGUUUACAGACAUAUUAUUUCACUUAUAAUUCACUGUUUCACAAUUCCAGUGGGUCAGACAUUUACAUACACUAAGUUGACUGUGCCUUUAAACAGCUUGGAACAUUCCAGAAAAUCAUAUCAUGGCUUUAGAAGCUUCUGAUAGGCUAAUUGACAUAAUUUGAGUCAAUUGGAGGUGUACCUGUGGAUGUAUUGCAAGGCCUACCUUCAAACUCAGUGCCUCUUUGCUUGACAUCAUGGGAAAAUCUAAAGAAAUCAACCAAGACCUCAGAAAAAAAAUGGUAGACCUCCACAAGUCUGGUUCAUCCUUGGGAGCAAUUUCCAAACGCCUGAAGGUACCACGUUCAUCUGUACAAACAAUAGUAUGCAAGUAUAAACACCAUGGGACCACGCAGCCGUCAUACCGCUCAGGAAGGAGACGUGUUCUGACUCCUAGAGAUGAACGUACUUUGGUGCGAAAAGUGAAAAUCAAUCCCAGAACAACAGCAAAGGACCUUGUGAAGAUGCUGGAGGAAACAGGUACAAAAGUUUCUAUAUCCACAGAAAAACUAGUCCUAUAUCGACAUAACCUGAAAGGCUGCUCAGGAAGGAAGAAGCUACUGCUCCAAAACCGCCAUAAAAAAGCCAGACUACGGUUUGCAACUGCACAUGGGGACAAAGAUUGUACUUUUUGGAGAAAUGUCCUCUGGUCUGAUGAAACAAUAGAUCUGAAUAGAACUGUUUGGUCAUAAUGACCAUUGUUAUAUUUGGAGGAAAAAGGGGGUUGCUUGCAAGCCGAAGAACACCAUCCCAACCGUGAAGCACGGGGGUGGCAGCAUCAUGCUGUGGGGGUGCUUUGCUGCAGGAGAGACUGGUGCACUUCACAAAAUAGAUGGAAUCAUGAGGAAGGAAAAUUAUGUGGAUAUAUUGAAGCAACAUCUCAAGACAUCAGUUCGGAAGUUAAAGCUUGGUUGCAAAUGGGUCUUCCAAAUGGACAAUUGCCCCAAGCAUACUUCCAAAGUUGUGGCAAAAUGGCUUAAGGACAACAAAGUCAAGGUAUUGGCGUGGCCAUCACAAAGCCCUGACCUCAAUCCUAUAGAACAUUUGUGGCUGGAUGUUCUUUGGGUUGUGGACCAUUUUUGAUACACACAGGAAACUGUUGAGCGCGAGAAACUUAGCAGUGUUGCAGUUCUUGACACAAACCGGUGCGCCUGACACCUACUACCAUACCCCGUUCAAUGGCACUUAAAUAUUUUGUCUUGUCCAUUCACACUCUUAAUGGCACACAUACACAAUCCCAUGUCUCAAUUGUCUCCAAGGCUUCUUCAACCUGUCUCCUCCCCUUCAGCUACACUGAUUGAAAUGGAUUUAACAAGUGACAUCAAUAAGGGAUCAUAGCUUUCACCUGGUCAGUCUGUCAUGGAAAGAGCAGGUGUUCUUAAUGUUUUGUACACUCAGUUUAGAUGCCUUGGAUCAGCUGAUCCUGUCUUGAAUGUAACGUGACAUUUGUGGAAGUUCCAUGUUUUGUUUGUGUUAGCUCGUUGUGACUAUAGUUCAUGUUUGUUGUGUGACUCUCACACUGAUUUUCCAAAGGACGUUCCCGAUCCGCGGCUUCCAGAUCUACGACGGUCCUGUGCGGAUCACCCAGAGCACGUUCCGAAAUUACAUCCCAACGACGGAGCGUUUCACCAGUGCGGUGGGCUUCAACCUAAAGAACACCUGGCAGCUCACGCCUCGCAACAACCUGUCCAAGCUCAGCUUCCAGCCCACUGUGAGUAACUAGCACAUCACUCCACCUUUCAUCCUGGAAGUGCACACUCAUUCUCUGCCCCUCAUACAUUGAAAAGCAUUGAAUUGGUGCAAGCACGGUGGAGGGAGUUUCUGCCGUAUUCCUUACACCAGUGAGUGCUUUCCUUUUAAAUCCAUGAGGGGGAGUUUAUGAGUGCACACUUCGGGAGAAGGGCCAUUGCCUCUUCUCUCUUGUUCUCAAAUACUGACGUAAUAAUGAUGUUACGAAAAAUAAGUCUGAUAAGAAUAUGUGUGAUAAUUAUAUCCGGACUCUGGUCCGGAAGCUAAAUUCCUGCAAUUCCAUCCAUUUUGCCAUGGGGUUUUGUACUAUGUAUUUAAAUACUGUAUUCUAAUAUUUCUACUACUGUACAUUGCAUUUUAGUUUUUUUAUUGAUUUAUUUCACCUUUAUUUAACCAGGUAAGCCAGUUGAGAACAAGUUCUCAUUUACAACUGCGACCUGGCCAAGAUAAAGCAAAGCAGUACGAUUAAAAACAACAACACAGAGUUACAUAUGGGGUAAAACAAAACAUAAAGUCAAAAAAAUACAACAGAAAAUACAGUGGGGAAAAAAGGUAUUUAGUCAGCCACCAAUUGUGCAAGUUCUCCCACUUAAAAAGAUGAGAGAGGCCUGUAAUUUUCAUCAUAGGUACACGUCAACUAUGACAGACAAAUUGAGGAAAAAAAAUCAAGAAAAUCACAUUGUAGGAUUUUUAAUGAAGUUAUUUGCAAAUUAUGGUGGAAAAUAAGUAUUUGGUCACCUACAAACAAGCAAGAUUUCUGGCUCUCAUAGACCUGUAACUUCUUCUUUAAGAGGCUCCUCUGUCCUCCACUCGUUAUCUGUAUUAAUGGCACCUGUUUGAACUUGUUAUCAGUAUAAAAGACACCUGUCCACAACCUCAAACAGUCACACUCCAAACUCCACUAUGGCCAAGACCAAAGAGCUGUCAAAGGACAGCAGAAACAAAAUUGUAGACCUGCACCAAGCUGGGAAGACUGAAUCUGCAAUAGGUAAGCAGCUUGGUUUGAAGAAAUCAACUGUGGGAGCAAUUAUUAGGAAAUGGAAGACAUACAAGACCACUGAUAAUCUCCCUCGAUCUGGGGCUCCUCGCAAGAUCUCACCUCGUGGGGUCAAAAUGAUCACAAGAACGGUGAGCAAAAAUCCCAGAACCACACGGGGGGACCUAGUGAAUGACCUGCAGAGAGCUGGGACCAAAGUAACAAAGCCUACCAUCAGUAACACACUACGCCGCCAGGGACUCAAAUCCUGCAGUGCCAGACGUGUCCCCCUGCUUAAGCCAGUACAUGUCCAGGCCCGUCUGAAGUUUGCUAGAGUGCAUUUGGAUGAUCCAGAAGAGGAUUGGGAGAAAGUCAUAUGGUCAGAUAAAACCAAAAUAUAACUUUUUGGUAAAAACUCAACUCGUCGUGUUUGGAGGACAAAGAAUGUUGAGUUGCAUCCAAAGAACACCAUACCUACUGUGAAGCAUGGGGGUGGAAACAUCAUGCUUUGGGGCUGUUUUUCUGCAAAGGGACCAGGACAACUGAACCGUGUAAAGGAAAGAAUGAAUGGGGCCAUGUAUCGUGAGAUUUUGAGUGAAAACCUCCUUCCAUCAGCUAGGGGAUUGAAGAUGAAACGUGGCUGGGUCUUUCAGCAUGACAAUGAUCCCAAACACACCGCCUGGGCAACGAAGGAGUGGCUUCGUAAGAAGCAUUUCAAGGUCCUGGAGUGGCCUAGCCAGUCUCCAGAUCUCAACCCCAUAGAAAAUCUUUGGAGGGAGUUGAAAGUCUGUGUUGCCCAGCGACAGCACCAAAACAUCACUGCUCUAGAGGAGAUCUGCAUGGAGGAAUGGGCCAAAAUACCAGCAACAGUGUGUGAAAACCUUGUGAAGACUUACAGAAAACGUUCGACCUGUGUCAUUGCCAACAAAGGGUAUAUAACAAAGUAUUGAGAAACUUUUGUUAUUGACCAAAUACUUAUUUUCCACCAUAAUUUGCAAAUAAAUUCAUUAAAAAUCCUACAAUGUGAUUUUCUGGAAUUUAUUUUCUUAUUUUGUCUGUCAUAGUUGACGUGUACCUAUGAUGAAAAUUACAGGCCUCUCUCAUCUUUUUAAGUGGGAGAACUUGCACAAUUGGUGGCUGACUAAAUACUUUUUCCCCCACUGUAUAUAUACAGUGUGUGCAAAUGUAGCAAGUUAUGGAGGUAAGGCAAUAAAUAGGCUAUAGUGCAAAAUAAUUACAAUUAGUAUUAACACUGGAAUGAUAGAUGUGCAAGAGAUUAUGUGCAAAUUGAGAUACUGGGGUGCAAAUGAGCAAAAUAAAUAAUAAUAUAGGGAUGAGGUAGUUGGGUGGGCUAAUUUCAGAUGGGCUGUGUACAGGUGCAGUGAUCGGUAAGGUGCUCUGACAACUGAUGCUUAAAGUUAGUGAGGGAGAUAAGUCUCCAGCUUCAGAGAUUUUUGCAAUUCGUUCCAGUCAUUGGCAGCAGAGAACUGGAAGGAAUGGCGGCCAAAGGAGGUGUUGGCUUUGGGGAUGACCAGUGAGAUAUACCUGCUGGAGCGCAUACUACGGUUGGGUGUUGCUAUAGUGACCAAUGAGCUAAAAUAAGGUGGGGAUUUGCCUAGCCCUGAUUUAUAGACGGCCUGGAGCCAGUGGGUUUGACGACGAACAUGUAAUGAGGACCAGCCAACAAGAGCGUACAGGUCACUGUGGUGGAUAGUGUAUGGGGCUUUGGAGACAAAACGGAUGGCACUGUGAUAGACUACAUCCAAUUUGCUGAGUAGAGUGUUGGAGGCUAUUUUGUAAAUGACAUCGCCGAAGUCAAGGAUCGGUAGGAUAGUCAGUUUAACGAGGGCAUGUUUGGCAGCAUGAGUGAAGGAGGCUUUGUUGCGAAAUAGGAAGCCGAUUCUGGAUUUAACUUUGGAUUGGAGAUUCUUAAUGUGAGUCUGGAAGGAGAGUUUAGUCUAACCAGACACCUAGGUAUUUGUAGUUGUCCACAUACUCUAGGUCAGACCCGUCGAGAGUAGUGAUUCUAGUCGGGUGGGCGGGUGCCAGCAGCGUUCGAUUGAAGAGCAUGCAUUUAGUUUUACUAGUGUUUAAGAGCAGUUGGAGGCUACUGAAGGAGUGUUGUAUGGCGUUGAAGCUCGUUUGGAGGUUUGUUAACACAGUGUCCAAUGAAGCGCCACGUAUAUUCCAAAUGGUGUCGUCUGCGUAGAGGUGGAUCUGAGAGUCACCAGCAGCAAGAGCGACAUCAUUGAUAUACACGGAGAAAAGAGUCGGCCCAAGAAUUGAACCUUGUGGCACCCCCAUAGAGACUGCCAUAGGUCCAGACAACAGGCCCUCCGAUUUGACACACUGAACUCUAUCUGAGAAGUAGUUGGUGAACCAGGCGAGGCAGUCAUUUGAGAAACCAAGGCUAUUUAGUCUGCCAAUAAGAAUGCGGUGGUUGACAGAGUCGAAAGCCUUGGCCAGGUCAAUGAAAACGGCUGCACAGUACUGUCUAUUAUCGAUCGCGGUUAUACUAUCGUUUAGGACCUUGAGCGUGGCUGAAGUGUACCCAUGACCAGCUCGGAAACCGGAUUGCAUAGCGGAGAUGGUACGGUGGGAUUCGAAAUGGUCGGUGAUCUGUUUGUUAACUUGGCUUUCAAAAACUUUCGAAAGGCAGGGCAGGAUGGAUAUGGGUCUGUAACAGUUUGGAUCUAGAGUGUCACCCCCUUUGAAUAGGGGGAUGACCGCGGCAGCUUUCCAAUCUCUGGGGAUCUCAGACAUUACGAAAGAGAAGUUGAACAGGCUAGUAAUAGGGGUUGCGACAAUUUCGGCGGCUAGUUUUAGAAAGAAAGGGUCCAGAUUGUCUAGCCCAGCUGAUUUAUAGGGGUCCAGAUUGUGCAGCUCUUUCAGAACAUCAGCUGUUUCAGAACAUCAGCUGUCUGAUGAUAGUUACACUGUUUAUGCACACCAUUUAUGUAUUUAUAUAUAUAUAUAUAUAUAUAUAUAUAUAUAUAUUUAUUUAUUACUGGAUUUUUUACAUAGCUCACCCUAUAUCAUUCUUAGUAUAUUCAUCCGGUGUAUACAGUUGAAGUCGAAAGUUUACAUACACUUAGAUUGGAGCCAUUAAAACUCGUUUUUAAAUUUUUUGUCAUUUAGCAGACGCUCUUAUCCAGAGCGACUUACAGUUAGUGAGUGCAUACAUUUUCAUACUGGCCCCCCGUGGGAAUCGAACCCACAACCCUGGCGUUGCAAGUGCCAUGCUCUACCAACUGAGCUACAGGAGGUUUUUCAACCACUCCACACAUUUCUUGUUUUCAAACUAUAGCUUUGGCAAGUCGGUUAGGACAUCUACUUUGUGCAUGACACAAGUAAUUUUUCCAACAAUUGUUUACAGACAGAUUAUUUCACUUAUAAUUCACUGUAUCACAAUUCCAGUGGAUCAGAAGUUUACAUACACUAAGUUGACUGUGCCUUUAAACAGCUUGGAAAAUUCCAGAAAAUGAUGUCAUGGCUUUAGAAGCUUCUGAAAUGCUAAUUGACAUCAUUUGAGUCAAUUGGAGGUGUACCUGUGGAUGUAUUUCAAGGCCUACCUUCAAACUCAGUGCCUCUUUGCUUGACAUCAUCAUGGGAAAAUGAAAAGAAAUCAGCCAAGACCUCAGAAAAAGAAUUGUAGACCUCCAGAAGUCUGGUUCAUCCUUGGGAGCAAUUUCCAAACGCCUGAAGGUACCACGUUCAUCUGUACAAACAAUAGUACACAAGUAUAAACACCAUGGGACCACGCAGCCGUCAUACCGCUCAGGAAGGAGACGCGUUCUGUCUCCUCGAGAUGAACGUACUUUGGUGCGAAAAGUGAAAAUCAAUACCAGAACAACAGCAAAGGACCUUGUGAAGAUGCUAGAGGAAACAGGUACAAAAUGAUCUUGAUCCACAGUAAAACGAGUCCUAUAUCGACAUAACCUGAAAGGCCGCUCAGCAAGGAAGAAGCCACUGCUCCAAAACCGCCAUAAAAAAGCCAGACUACGGUUUGCAACUGCACAUGGGGACAAAGAUCGUACUUUUUGGAGAAAUGUUUGGCCAUAAUGACCAUUGUUAUGUUUGGAGGAAAAAGGGGGUUGCUUGCAAGCCGAAGAACACCAUCCCAACCGUGAAGCAUGGGGGUGGCAGCAUUAUGCUGUGGGGGUGCUUUGCUGCAGGAGGGACUGGUGCACUUCACAAAAUAGCUGGCAUCAUGAGGAAGGAAAAUUAUGUGGAUAUAUUGAAGCAACAUCUCAAGACAUCAGUCAGAAAGUUAAAGCUUGGUCGCAAAUGGGUCUUCCAAAUGGACAAUGACCCCAAGCAUACUUCCAAAGUUGUGGCAAAAUGGCUUAAGGACAACAAAGUCAAGGUAUUGGAGUGGCCAUCCCAAAGCCCUGACCUCAAUCCUAUAGAAAAUUUGUGGGCAGAGCUGAAAAAGCGUGUGUGAGCAAGGAGGCCUACAAACCCAGCUUGUGGAAGGCUACCCUACACGUUUGACCCAAGUUAUACAAUUUAAAGGCAAUGCUACCAAAAACUUCUGUCCCACUGGGAAUGUGAUGAAAUAAAUAAAAGCUUAAAUAAAUAAUUAUCUCUACUAUUAUUCUGACAUUUCACAUUCUUAAAAUAAAGUGGUGAUCCUAACUGACCUAAAACAUGGAAUGUUUACUACGAUUAAAUGUCAGGAAUUGUGAAAAACAGAGUUUUUAAAUGUAUUUUGCUAAGGUGUAUGUAAACUUCCGACUGUAUACGUACAGAUUGCAUUACUGUUACAGUGCUAUUUGGAUUCAUUGGAUUUGUUCCGACAUUUAAAGAUUUCAAUUUGUAAUUGUUUUAUUAUUAUUUGUAUUAUUUGUUUGACAUUUUACUGCAUUGUUUGGAGCUAGGAACAUAAGCAUUUAUCUGCAUCCACUAUAACAUUUUCUUCACUGUGUACGUGACCAAUAAACUUUUAUUUGAUACGAUUUGAUUUGAUAAAGGUUACUGACUGAAACAUUAGUGUCUAUGGAAUUUUCCUUUGCCAAAUCAGGCAAAAUAACCAUCUGAAACUUCUGUCUGCUUGUUUGCACAUUGUCAUAAUUCUGUUCUGAUGGACCUAGUUUAGAUUCUGUGCCUCCUGUGUUUACAUUGACAGCUUUGAUUUUGAAGUGCAGGGAUCAGACACUGUUUUCCUGCAUGCUCUCUUUCCCUCCGUCUGUUUCCUUUUUGCCUGUUGGUUCUGUUGUCCUGCAACACAACAGAGAGCUCAGAGUUACUGAGUUGGCACUUUACUGGAACUAGUGGUGGGGUGGAGACCCCAUGCUGAGAGAUGGGGAGAGCGAGGGGGAGGUUCUUGAUGAAAGUCAUUCUGAAUUGGAGUGCCCUCUAGUGUCGGGGAUGUGGUGACAAGCUCAACUCAAUUUUUCAAGCUUGACUCAACUCAAAAUAUCCCUUUUCAAAAUGGCUUUUAAGGACUUCUGUUGAACGCUCUUCUCUGACACCUGGGUUGAAUUCAUUAGGAACGUUUUGCUACGGUCUAUAUUAAUGAAACAACCUUAACAUACAUUCAAUCAAAUGUAUUUAUAAAGCCCUUUUUACAUCAGCAGAUGUCACGAAGUGCUAUACAGAAACUCAGCCUAAAACCCCAAACAGCAAGCAAUGCAGAUGUAGAAGCACGGUGGCUAGGAAAAACUCCCUAGAAAGGCAGAAACCUAGGAAGAAACCUAGAGAUGAACCAGGCUCUGAGGGGUGGCCAGUCCCCUUCUGGCUGUGCCAGAUUAUAACAGUACAUGGCCAUUAAGGUCAGUACAUGGCCAUUAAGGUUACGUUUUUGUCCAAGAUGUUCAAACGUUCAUAGAUGAGCAGCAGGGUCAAAUAAUAAUCACAGCGGUUGUAGAGGUUGCAACAGGUCGGUACAUCAGGAGUAAAUGUCACUUGGCUUUUCAUAGCCUGGCAUUUAGAGGUUGAAAUAGCAGGUGCGGUAGAGAGAGAGAGUUGAAAACAGCAGGUCUGGGACAAGGUAGCACGUACGUCAGGGUUCCAUAGCCGCAGGCAGAAGAGUUGAAACUGGAGCAGCAGCACGACCAGGUGGACUGGGGACAGCAAGGAGUCAUCAGGCCAGGUAGUCCUGAGUCAUGGUCCUAGGGCUCAACUCUCAAAUACUGUAGACCUACAAGAUCAAAGUUAGGAAACCUGCACACCAAAUUGCGCGUCAUCACUUUCUAGGCCAUACAUAUCUUUGUUAGUCGCUGGUUGUGUUAUGUCUGUCUUUUUAAACCUAUUGUCUGUGACAGGUGGGUCUGAGGGCAUUCUUCGGGCGUCCGGGCCAGUGGUUCGAAGAGAAUGAUCUGGACGGGGAUAAGAACUCUAUCUUCCAUGACGUGGACGGCUCUGUGACGGGCUACAGGGACACGUAUGUGGGCAGAGCAGACAACUACCUGAUCCGUCACCCCGGCUGUGUCAACGUCACCCAGUGGAACGGAGUGGUCUGCAGUGGCACCUAUUCUCAGGUACGGAUGGGACAGUGGCCCUAAUGCCUAUCACCAUUGACUUUAUUCAUUGCUUAGGAUAUACAAUGCAUAGAAGUGACCAAACUCUAUUGGUCAAUCAUUUUCUAAUGUGUGUCCUCCAGGUGUAUAUCCAGACCCAGGGAGCUCGCAGCCUCAGUCUGUCCAUCAGUAGAGAUGAGUACCCCGAGGCUCCUCUGGUGCUGAGGGGUAUUAACAGCCAGGGGGCGCUGUCCCAGCAGUACCAGCCUAUCCUCAUGAUGAGCAAGAGCUACACCCUGCACUGGGACGGCCCUGCUCCCAGAGAGAUUGUCCUUUCCCUCAUAAACUUCAACCAGUGAGUGGCACACUGGGACUUGUGUGUGUGUGUGUGUGUGUGUGUGUGUGUGUGUGUGUGUGUGUGUGUGUGUGUGUGUGUGUGUGUGUGUGUUUUAAGGUGGUUGGUCUGGGGGUUGUUUGUCCACAUUGAAACUGGUCUUGGUCUCGUAGCGGUCUCGAUACACUGGAUCUGGGUCUGGAGGUCUCUUUUUUUUCUACUGUGUGUUUGAAUGUGUGUGCGAUAAGAGGAUAUGUUUGUCAGUUCGUAAGCCAGAUCUCUAACCUUCAUUGUCACCUGUUGGCUCCUCCUCUCUCUCCAGAGGUGACUGGGUGCUGGUGGGUCUCUGCUACCCACCCGACACCACCUUCCAGGUCAUGGCUGACAUCAAUGACCGCCAGAGCAACAUCUUCGACGACAUCACCGACUAUGGGCCUGUGUUUUCCCUCGCCGAACUGGAGAAGAGGCUGCUGGAGAGGAAGUACUUCUUUGACCGCAGUGUGGGGUGAGACAGUCACUAUACCCUAAUGUCUCUCUAUCCAUAUGGCUAUAUCUACUAUAGCUCUCUCUCCCUCUAUAAUUUUUACUUAGUCAUACAUUGAAUUGAAGUAAAUAGGAGACUAACAUUUUUAAGUGAACAUUUUGCUUACGUUAGGAUUCGCCCCUCUGUCUGUCUCGCUCUCCCGCACCACUCUCUCGAUUGACACCGGCCUCUCCUCUCCCAGCUUGCUGUGGCUGUAUUUGCGGGCGAGGCAGAGGCGCGAUGGCCACAGUUACUGCUCGGUUAAGGGCUGUGAGAGAGUGAAGGUGAUGGCCAGCACAUCGUCCUCCAAACUGACCUGUAACUGCACAGCCAAGGCCUACCCCAAAUACGCCAAGACUCCCUCGGCAGUGGUCGCCAUGCCCACCCUCAGCACCCAACCAUGCAGGGACUGUGGUGCCUCCCAGGUUAGCCUACUAGCCCCCCACAUUGUCUUUGUUCCAUUAGUAUGCAAUUCUAUUGGAAAAGGAAUGAGUUCAUGUUGUGUUAUCUGACAUAAAAGCCCAGCUUUAAUCUGUGUGUUUUCUGGUAGCUGGUGUUUUCCAGUGACCCGUGGAACUCCUACCUCCAAACUCAGAUCAAAUCGCUCAGCAGCAAGGAGCAGCAGAGUGGCGACACACAGUCCUUUAUCACUGUGAGUGCCACAGAUUUUAAAUAUAACAAAGUAUUACAUUAUCUCUUGGUCAGUACAGUGUCCCGGUGUCACAGAAUCACAGUGUGCAUAAUGACUGUUGUUUGCAUGUUGUUGGUGUGCUGCUGUUGUUUAACUUCCAUCAAACAGCCAUUAUAAAUGUUUAUGAAUGGAAUACUCAUUUAUUAAUAGUAUGCACACUAUUGAUAAAUACAAAAGCACCACCCAUGUUUUUAAUCGGUUUGUGGUUGUAGCACGCCAGCGUAUCUCUUACCCACUUUUCUACAACACCUUCUCUCAGGUGAACAGUGAGACAUUCUCCUUCACACAGCCAGGCAUCUUCCUGGUCUCUGUUGACGCCUGCUCUGGAAAAGUCACAAAGAAGUCAUCUUUCCCCAAAAUGGACCCCAAAAUGGAGCAGUAUCUUAAAACUGGAUUACCAAAGAGGUGAGGGGGAAGAAUUAGGCCCUUGCUGGUUGGUUUGAUCAGGCGUUUGACUUGAUGGUGAAUCGAUGAAUCAUAAUUGGUUAUAUUUUCUCAUGACUAGGUCUAUAGUGCUUCUGGGAACACGAGGGCAGCCCGAUGGCUUGGUCAGUGUUGCACGAUAUCUUGUCCCCCUGGGCAUGGCUAAGGCAGCAGAUCUGCAGGGUAAAGGUAGGUGUCACUCUCAAAUGGUUCCCUCUCGCGGUUGCUAUUACUGUAGGCCAGGUCUGGUUUUUCUAUACAAUUCUCUGUAUCUCGUGACAGUUUUUUUCCUCUUUCAUUCCUCUUCCUGCUGUCUCUCUUAACUAUGUAUUUUCUCUGCGACGUAUACUUUUUCUUCUUUCUCUGCUCACCUCAUUACAGUAUUUUCCACAUGACACUGUGUUUCUCUCACAGAGAGCCUGGUGUUUUGGGGGUUCCAGGGUGGCUCUGCCCCCCCUCCGUGGGCCUCCAUCCUGGUUGGGCAGGGUGAGGAGGGGCUGGGGCUGCAGGAGCGCUACCUCCCCUUGGGCCUGGAGGCCUACGGCUGCACACAGCCCAGCACACGCAGAGACCUGGAGCUACUGAGGGCCGCCACAGGACCACAAUGA